AUGAAGAAGCGUUGUGAUGAACACAGCUUCGCAUUUGAUCUCAUGUUUGGUCACACAGGUAGGGUAUUCGCAGCUAACAGUCACAAUGUCUCUCAUAUGUUUUAAAUUCAUGUAAUGAGGCUAUAGUUUACAAAACACAUAGUCUAUCAGCCGUGCUUAAUGGCUGAAAAUAACCGGACAAUAAUAAGAGAUUGCAAAAUAUAGGUUACUGCGUGGGAUGAUAUAGCCUAGUAUAGGCAGGCUACCUCCGUAUUAUUGCCUGUAUCACCAGUGGCCAUCCAUAACCUAGGCCUACAGUAUGCUUAUCAUUCACUCAUACUAGGUACAUUGUAUGUUUUGCGUUUUGUAAAUGCGUCAAUAAUAGUGUUCAGAUAGGCUUUGAAGAGCAUCAGACCCUAUCUAUCUGAAAAGGCAUUCGACUGGAAACCACGAGGGAUAGCGUUAUGCCAACAGGUGUAGUCUAGAGACUGAGUAUGCGCAUGCUUACCUGUCGGCAUUUGUAACAUAGCACCACGACUAUUUCGCUACUACUUACUACUACUACCAUCUGUGAUCUCCAACCACUAUCUCAUCCCUUGUCUUCAUGCUCUAGCCGAAUCAUUGUGAAAAGUGCUAGUAGCACCAGAGGUAGUGGGUAAUUAUAUCAGGAGUAUUGGAACUAUCUGCGCAAUGUUCCUGACAAUUUGAAUGAGUCAUGUUGAAUCAGUUCGCUCAGAACACACACACACAUACACUGCUUUGCUUGUUGUGGUAUAGGUUCGACAAAUACCCAGACUCCAGAACUAUUGAGUGGUGUUCAACAAAGAGAAGCCAUUGAUUUGUCAUUGGAGGAGGACAGGAGAGAAGCAACAGUUUGAUGAGAGCACGCAGUGUACUGUACCUUUGAUGAUUCAAUCAGACACGUUUUUAUUUUCGCUGUCCAUGGUGCUGAAAAGUAUGCUUCAACCGACCUCUGGCAGGCGCCGCGGUUAGCGUGUUGCGUUCCAGGGUGCUGACAUUUUUAGACCAGCGUUUGUCAAUUCCGGUUGCACAAUUUUGUUAGUACAACAUUGCAUUGCACACACCUGAUUCAGCUAAUCAACUAAUAGUCAGGUGUGUUAGUGGUGGGUUAGAACAAAAUGUGAAACCCUGUAGGUAGGCACACGAAUUGAAAAACACCGAUGUAUACAAUGAUGCCUACUACAACCAGAGGCAUAGGACUGCACGCUGUUAGAAGACCAAUGUUGACCAACUGUGUCCAUUUUGCUCUACUACUCUGAAUUUUGCCAGAGUAAUCAAAAGCCACAUCAUAUUCCUCAGAUAUGUGGGCUGCUGCUGAGGUUUGAUGCUUGAUAUUUGAAGCUGUCCUUGUGAAAACCAUGUCCCAUGUUGAAAAAUACAAACUGACAUUGACUUAUCAGUUUUGAUUGGCAGCAUCUCCUAGGAGUCUAUGACUAUUGAUUUUGGGACACACAUUUCUUAAUUCACCUAAUGGUCAGGAUUCAGGCAAAUGUAUCUGUUCCUAGAUCUGUUUUAGGGGCAAUUUCUACAAUACAGUCUAAAAGCAGUUGUACUGUUCUCGGUGGGCCUCAUUCAUCCUGUCUUAUCUUAAUGGGCUCAGGCUAACAAAGAACUUUUAGAACCCACUUCAUGAAAAUGUAAUGUCUCCUUUUAGAAUACCUCAUUAUUUAAUAUUUCCUUGGUUUUUUAUUGGACAUAAUACGUCUCUGUGAACGACUUCAUCGUUACUAGACAGUAUCUCACCCAUGUGUCCUCUUACCCAAACUUUGCAGGUAGUACCGGACAGUUGUAUCUGGGGUAAUUGGGGUGAUAUGGUAGUUAGAGAUAGCUGUACACAUGACUGUAUACCCUUCUCACUCUGGUUCAGAAACAUCUGACAUUGACAUGCCCUUGCACCUCCACAUGCAAUGGCUCAAGUGCAACUAAUAAACUAGAACGGCAUGGCAAUUUGGAGCUAUGCUAUCUUGGACAAUGAUGUGGAUGGACAGCCAUAAGCAAGUAAAGCAGGAUAUACAACUUAAUGUUCAGUUGGGAGGGUGGAUUACAGAGAUUGGUGUACCCUAAGCACCAUUUCUUAAUGUUUUGAACCCACUGAGGACACAACCACUGAUCACCUCCACUGCUGCAGGUUGUUAGACAGAACUUGAGUGAAAAUGCUUCUGGAAUCAUUCCAGCAAUGGGAUUUCUUCUCUCACCAGUAAAAAGUUCAGCGUUAGUCCAUUAUUGCCUAUUUUUAAACAUUGUUGUGUCUGUGCUGUGUGUGUGUUAUUGCGUGCAUCUGUAUGUGGGUUGGCGGCAUGUGUGUCUGUUGGCAUCUGUGUAUGUGUUCAUGUGUGUUUGCGUGACAGUGUUUGCUCAUCGAAAUUUAAUAAAAGGUAACGUGGUCAUCAUCAAGUAGUCAUGUGAUCUCCACUGCAGAAGGGUGCCAUACUCACUCAGACAGCUGUGGCUGCUGUUCUGAAAUCAGAUCUGACAAAAGCGCUCGGGCACUCCUGUGGCAGAAGUCCUUAGGUUAGCAGGACCUGAGAACAGCCCAGUGAUGCGAUGUGUGUCUGAGUGAGUGAGCGUGCAUUCAAGUCAUGCUGAACAACAUAACUCACUGGGCCAAACAGAAAAGGCCCUUGUGUCAUUUUUUACUUUGCCAUGUGAGGAUCUGGGACAGGGUUACUCAAUCUAGGAGAGAAGCAGGACCUCCGGGGUCUGCAUGCUUAGUCACAAUGCAUUACUGGAAUGGCUAAAGGAACUAAUCUGUGAUGCGCAUCACUGUGAUCAUCAGCCCUACCAGUAAUGUUUUGGUUCUAAAAGCAUCCAGGAAGCCAUUAUGAUAGUUUCUAUUCAAUACAGUACUUAAAUAAUAGUAAAACAAUCACAGAUUUAAGAAUAAAAUGCAUACAGUGGUCCAAAAGGGUAAGACACAUUGUACGUCAGUAAUGUGAUGUCCUUCAAGACGUGUAUUUCACUGUAGUUUCAGAUGAUCUUGCAAAUAAAGAUGCCACAGUUUAAAGGAAUAGUUCCCCCAAAUUACAAAAUGACAUUGGUUUCCUUACCCGGUAAGUAGUCUAUGGACAAGGUAUGACAGCAAUCUAUGCUUUGGUUUAGUUUCCCUGGCACUGUUUCCACAUGCUAACGUUUAAGCAUUUGUGGCACAAAUCCCAUUCAGGUCAUGGGACCGAUAUUAGCAUUUUUUGCGAAUCAUGUCCAAGUCAUCCGAAAAGAUCUAUAAUUGAUUGUGAAGCUCAACAAAGUCACUUAUAGAUGAUUUAAACUGGAUGCGUGAAAAUUGCUAAUAUCCGUCCCAAGACUUGAACGGGAUAUGCUAUUUUGUAAUUUGGGUGAACUAUCCCUUUAACAUCCAUCUGUCAGUAUGCUCCUUUCUGUACAUUCUUUAUGGUACCAUAAAGCCCCCUCAGAAGCAAUGUCCACCCUCGCUGUACUGUUGUUAUGCUGUCCCUGUCAACAUAAUUACUAUGUAAAUACAUUGCUUUAGCUUCAGUUCAUAUGAAGUAGGCCCAAAAAGAGAUGUAGGGUUGCAUUUACUCUUGUUGGUGGGGUUUGAUGCUUGCUGCCCUUUACACUGCCCUAUAGGGCAUAGUACAGUACAGUCUAGUACAGUAUGUCUCUGUCUCUCUCUCAGCUGCAUGUUCUCCUGACCAUGUGUGCUGUGCUGCUGUCUGUCUGCUAAAUGUUUCCUUCAUCAACACAGAAUCAAAACUGAACUGAGAGAACAGUAACCUACCUCCUCCAUGUUCAAUAAAGCUGUCUUUGUAAUGAGCGAUGUGUCUGUCUGUGGUGAAAGAAUAGAUCGAUCAUUCUUGGAUGACUGUGACUUCAGUCUGUAGUUCAUUAUCUUAUCACCAGAGAGACUACUUUGAUUUUCAUUUUGAUUGAUCGUUUUGUAAAUCCAUUUUUUUUCUCCACAUUGUGGCAUUUUGAUGACCAAACAAAUUGGUGCGUAAUAGUGAUGGUUUUGUGUGCUGUGCAUAUUUGAUUGAGGCUAUUUGCAUGGUUGAUUUAGCCUGGGGACUGAGAGAGUGACACACACUGUAAAGACCUAGAUUCACUGGGUUGACUAGAUAGAGACAACCGUACAAAUGGCUUUGUAGACAUCCAUGUGAUAUAAAAGUGAACAAUGUAAGCACUGUUUUAAAAAGCAAGGAUCAAUUCAACUGAGCUUACUUUCUCUCGUUCACUUUGCAAACCUAACAAAGGAUGACAGAUAGGAGCCUGUAACUCCACACCAUUAGCUAACUCAUUUACAAAGCAACAAUGAUGUAGCCUUGAGCUCUGUCUUCUGUGUAGGCAAGUCUCUUUCUCUCUGUGGGUGUGGGUGGGUGGGUGGGUGUGUAAGUCUCUUUCUCUUUGUGGGUGUGGGUGGGUCGGUGUGUGGGUGGGUGGGUGGGUGGGUGUGUAAGUCUCUUUCUCUCUGUGGGUGUGUGUGCCUGUUUGUGUGUGUGGCCCUUUCCUCCUCUGUUUUCACACUGCAGGGAGCACAAAACUGCAGCAUCUGUCUGCAUUCAUCGUACAUUGUCAUGUGGGCCCACAGAAACUGCUGUUGCUUUAUAAAAAUAGCUUCAGCUGAAUCUCUGCAAAAAUAAGCUUAAUCUGAAUUCCAAAGUUGAGGAAUUAGGAACAACUUCCUAACACAGUUAUGCUAUAUUCAGACUUAAUAGCUAUCGUAAGCAGGCUCAUCAACUAACAUCAGUUCUUUGCAAAUCAUCAACAGUGGCACUUCAUGCAACCUAAUACUCUGUAACUUGUUCAUCAAUAUUUAUUUUGCCCAUUUAGCUAUCACUGUGUCUCACUUUACUACGUUUAAUGUAAGGCUAACAAUAUUCUCUUUGUCUGUGUUUUCCUAUGAGCGAGCACGGCUAUUACCGUUUACUGUUGGUUAUUAUUUUACUCACACCAGUUGAUAAUUAAGAUUGUGAAAAUGCCUUGCUUCUGCCAAGUCUAAUUAAUCACACACCCUAGUGUAUCUUACUCACACAUCAACAUUUUCAGUUUGCAUCUGAACUCUGGCUGAACUCAACUGUUGUUGUUACAGUCACUCCCUGUGUUGCUGCAUUGCUGUGUACAGUACCUGUACUGUUGGGGUGGUGAUGGGCACUUUGUUGCCACAGACCAUGUGAUCCAUAAAGGUUAUGGCCUCUGAUAAAAGAUAGUGUGUUUAUGCAGUUAUUACAUUUACAUUUUAGUCAUUUAGCAGACGCUCUUAUCCAGAGCGACUUAUAGGAGCAAUUAGGGUUAAGUGCCUUGCUCAGGGGCACAUCGGCAGAUAUUUCACCUAGUCAGCUCGGGGAUUCAAACCAGCGACCUUUCAGUUACUGGUCCAACGCACUCACAGUAGGCCUGUAAUAGAUAGAUGGAAAAGGAAGUGAGUUCAAUACUUUGUGUGUUUGUUUCUGGGUCUGCGUCUCAAAUGACACCCAAUUCCCUAUAUAGUGCACUACUUUUGAGGCACAAUAUGGGGAACAGUGAUGUAAUUGGAGAUUUGCGUUGGAGAUAACACAUAGAUCCAGAUUUCAGCAAGGGAAUAUUUCAAAUCCAAGUAAGAGAGCAGUGUCAACAGAGCCUGUGAAAUAGAACCACAAUCUCCAGUGAAACAGUCCCAUCUUGUUCUGACAUGGGCACUCUGCUGAGGGUCUCAUAAUGGUUCCAGUGUAAUUAAGCAAUUUAAAUGAACUAGGGGACAUUAAAAGACAAGGACUUUCUAGUAGAGAAUGUUUAGGCCAGGUUGUUAAUAGACCUGAAGCAGAGUUAGAAAAGGUGGCAAGAAGAUCCCUCUUCAAGUCUCUUUCUCUCUUGUCACUUAGAUGGUUAUAUGUUCAGAUUAUCGCUCUCCCUCUCCAUCUCCAUCUCUCUCUCCAUCUGAUCUAUGCCCUGUGCUCGUGAUUUGGACUCUGUGCGCAGUAGCAGCAGCAACACAUCUAUAUUCCUGCCAUUUUAAAAUGCCCAGAUCCCUGCAGCAGUUAUACAGUGAAGAAAGCCCUACAGUUUUAUAGAUGAUCUGUUGCCAUAGCUACCGUAGCAGAGGAACUAAGCGCUCAUUUCCCACAAACAGAACAGAACAAGUGCUCUGGCCCCUCCCUUCUCCCCUCUGUUCCCACCGCUCAUUGGGUCCCCUGACUGGGUCAUUAGCAUAAUGACUCACACGGAACUCUCCUCCAAGGGCCACCAUUUGUGGGUUUUGGAAUCGUCAAUGGAGCCCUGUCAUCGCCAAACAAGUUUGUCUUGUACUGAGGUCUGUUGACAUUACAUCUCUGUUCUGCUGUUAAGUUACUCCGCUACUCGACUGACGUACCAUUAAGAGGUAUUAAAGGUAGAACACUAUAGUAAGGGUCCCCUGAAGAUGACUCUAACGCAUCCUUAAUCAUCUUCUCUGAGUCACAGUAUUUGAUUCAGCCAGCACUCCUCUGCAUACUUUAAAGGGCAUUGGUUGAAUUUAUGCUGCGGCGAAAACACACAGAGAGCACACAGUUCAGUUCAGCAUGGAAGAUUUGUGCAAAUGCAAAGAUAUGAUGAAGGAGCAGUUACCCCUACUACUUAGCAGCAGAACGUGUGCUGUGUGUAGGGUCUUUAUUUGGAGACUUAACUUAACAUUGCAUUAAAAUCAGGACUGCUUAAGAAUUAAUUGCCUAUUAAAAUGGCUACACACUUCAGGGAGGGGAGCCUGUUUGCAGUUGGUUGAGCUGGGGCUCCUUUGCAAGGCCUUGUUUAGAUGUCUGCAGGAAACAGCUUAUUAAAAAGCUGUGAUAACCGCUCGGCGACAAACCAAAACACAUGCUGUGUGAAAACAUGACUGAUGGGGAGGGAUGCACCUUGUGGAAAGUAACACAAGGAUAAAGCCAAGGACAGAGUAUCUCAUCCUUAGGCUGGGUAUCUGACUGUUUCUGUAUACGGGAAAGGUAUGUAAUGAUGAGCCGAGCUUUGAGAGUCUUUGAGUAAUCUCUAUUCACUGAACAAACAGUUGAUCAUAAACAAACAAACACAUUGGCUAAAGCAGAAACAGACAUAACUUCAUGAACUUCAUUGUUUACCCUUUUCUUUCUCCUCUCAGUGAUCUGUAACUUCCGGGGCUCAGUAUGUCAGGCCCUGGUUCUGGAGAUCGGAGAGACUGUGCAGAUCCUGGAGAAGAGUGAAGGUAAGAACUGCUGAAUAACAGUUUAUAGAGAAUAAUAGAGGAUAACAUUGUAUAAUAUACUCACUUUACCUUAAUCUAAAAAAGCACAUUGUGGUUUGUGCGUGUGUGUGUAUUGGGUUAAUAGUCAUAGUCCCUGUUCAGCUGGUUGAUAUGCAUCUUUGAUGUCUCUUUAGGCUGGUACAGAGGGUUUUCCACCAAGAAGCCUUCAAUCAAGGUAAACAUGUCAGACUUUUCUUUUAGAAUCACACUUUACAUUCACUGCUUGUAUUGUCAUUAUUAUUGAGAAUGGUCCUGUUAGACCAGACCGCUAUCAGCCACUGUUUGUUUGAAGCUAUUUAUUUACAGCAAAGUGAUUCCUAAUGCAAACCUCAACCUCAGCACGACAACACGAAAAAAAAAAGCAUUUGUGGGUACUGCAAUUAGUAUGUGUUGUUAGGUGCAAUCUGUGCUGCAGAGAAUACAAUACACACUUUGGAUUUCUGGAGGCGUUGUAUUGGACGAGUAGCGGUACAUAUACAAUAAGAGUUACACCAUUUUCUUUUAUCAGUUCACCUUCCACACCCACACAUACUAUUUACCACAGAUGAUCCAUCAGUGUUUUACCGCUCACACAAAGAGGCCUACAAUGUGGCACUGUGUUUAAUGUACGCUAUUCAUCUUGCUUCCAAUGAGAUGAGUGCAAUGGGAGAAUACGUUGGAGCUUGCAUCUAAGAUAAAAGCGUGAAGCCAUUUGUGUUCAGCUGGGGGAUGAGAGAGGGGAGAGAGAGGAGGAUGUGGUCCAAACCAUCAGGCAUCUCCUGCCAGUACAUUCCCUCCAGAGAGCCGGCUCAGGCUGCUGUUCUCACAUGCAGCUCCAUGUAAACUGGCAAACCUCUCCUCCAGGUAGAGCUCCAUUAACACAAGGCCUAGAAAGGUACAGUAAGAAAACAAGGUAUCCUAGCUUUUAUACUGUCCCAAGAUGCACAGAAAUACAACAAUACCUCAAAAAACGACAAACGGGGUUUAUUUUUUAUUUUGAUUCGAUUACUAAGUGUCUCUUCAGCCAGGCUGACCAAGUCUGACGAGGACCCUUACGUUACUUUUGAAAUCAAAGAACAUUCAAACAGUGUGCAAGUAUUAAUCUUCUUUUUUCUAUGGUAUUAUUAGUAACUGCCUGCACCUGUGGAAUUUUGUUGGAUGUGUACGUACACUAUGUUUGAACUAAAUAGAUACAGUACCUCCAAGCAAUGCUCCACCAUGGCUGCUGCCAUCGAUAUGUUCUGCACGGCAGUACAUGGCUAUUAUAUAUUACUGACACAUCCACUUCCGAUCCAAUUGAUUGUUCAGUAAACCAUGUUUAUAACUGUACCUGUUUCUCCGGCUUCCAUGUUACAAAUCAAAAUGUCAGACACAUGAUACCAGUCACUCAGUCAGUAUCUUUUUAUUUUUUUUACCCCCCCCCCGUCCUCCAAAACAUGACCCGCCAAACUGCGCUUCUUAACAGCCAGCCAGACCAAUGUGUCGGAGGAAACACCAUUCACCUGACCACCGAGAUCAGCCUGCAGGCACCCAGCCCGCCACAAGGAGCCAAGUAAAGCCCCCCCGGCCAAACCCUCCCUUAAUCCGGACGACGCUGUGCCAAAUGUGCGCAGCCCUAUGGGACUCCCGAUCACAGCCGGUUGUGAUACAGCCCGGGAUCGAACCCGGGUCUGUAUUGACGCCUCUAGCACUGCGAUGCAGUGCCUUAGACCGCUGCGCCACUCGGGAGGCCCUGCUCAGUCAGUAUCUUUAAUAAGCUGCGAAACCAGUGAAGAACCUGUGAUACCUUAGCCUGGCCCUGGUCCCAGAUCUGUAUGUGGUUUACUCCUCUUCAAUGUCAUGACAGUGAUAGACAAUACCUCUGUUGUGUCAUCAUUCUUUUGAGUCGUCCUGAAAUCAAAGCUCAGUAAGUCAGAUAACAUACUGUUCCAGAAAGACACACUAAUACUCCUCAGAAUCCUGGCAGAUAGCUAGAGGUCUUAUGGGAUGUUAAAGCCCGUCCUGCUCUCACUACUCUCAUCAGCUAGUUACAGUCCCCCACCAACACACCUCCAUUUUGUUAUGUACUCUUCCUCCCACGCUCCCUCCCUCGUCCUCAUACUCUUCCUGAGCCGCCACAAUCAGCUGUGCUCACUGUGCCCAAUUCAUCACAUCUGGCAGAUUAGAGCCAGAGAGAGGAACUGCAAGGGUGGCAGUUGGCACUGUUCUGUGUCUCAUGCCCUCCCCAGCUAAGCGACAAUUUGGGCUGAGCUGCUUCAUAUUCAGCUUGUGUGUGUGUGUGUGUGUGUGUUGUGUGUCAGAGAGAGUAGAAUUAAAAUAGCCACAAUCUAAGAGUAGCUUGUUGCUACAGUAGUUUUUCUCUGUUAAGAACAACUGCUCCACAUUACUGUUGACCAAUGCAUAUCAUGUACAACACAGGGACACACACAUGCAACAUGUGGGACAUACUGUUUACAUGCAUGUACACCACAGAACUAUGGUCUUCAGUUGCAGCACCUUGCUACAUUCUUUUUAACACUUCUGCCCUUUCCAUCCAUCAGGGUAUAUUCCCAACUAGCUAUGUCCACCUGAAGAAAUCCACAGUCACCAACAGAGGGUGAGUCUCUUUCUGUUAAAUCAUAUGAGCCCUGUUUGUCAGAGAUACAUUCAGCUCCGAAAUUAUUGGCACCCUUGAUAAUGAUGAGCAAAAAAGACUAUAUAAAGUUAAUAAUACAAAUACUGAGCUAUAUUGUAUGCUGAAAAAUAUGGGGAAAUUAUAUUAUUUUACUGAUACAAUUGCUCAGAGAAAUAUAUUUAGUUAAAUCUAAAAAAGAUAGGGGUCAAAUGUAUUGGCACCCCUCUGUUCAAUACUCCAGCACCCUCCCCUUGCGAGGAUAACGACACUGAGCCUUUUUCUAAAAUGUUUUAUGAGAUUGGAGAACACAUUGGGAGGGAUCUUAGACCAUUCCUCCAUACAGAAUCUUUCCAGAUCCUUGAUAUCCUUCAUCUGAGGUUAUGGACUGCCCUCUUAAAUUCAAACCACAGGUUUUCAAUAGGGUUCAAGUCUGGAGACCAAAAUGUUGAUUUUGUGGUCAAUUAACAAUUUAUUUGUGAAUUUUGAUGUGUGCUUGGGGUUAUUAUUGUCUUAAAAACCAUUUUUCUCUGAGCAAUUGUAUUAUUAUAAAAUAAUAUAAUUUCCCCAUUUGUUUUUGCAUUUAAUAUAGCUCAGUAUUUGUAUUAUUUAUUUUAUACAGUAUUUUUUGCUCAUCUUUAUCAAGAGUGCCAAUCAUUUCAGAUAUAAGGUGCAGGAUCACUGGUUAAUGGAAGCCAAAGGAAGCUAUAUAUUUUCCACAACAUACUGUAGAGCUGCCAUUGGGUCAGAUUUAUUCAUCAACAAUGGGGUGGUGUGUGCAUGUCCCGCCCAUUUCCGUUGCCUCAUUUCCCUCAUCACUGAUCUGUGAGGAUCUGUACUUAAACGGCAUUAGUUCUGCUCUGCCAGUGAAGCAAACACACACAUGCAAACACACACAAAAACACACACACACACACACAACACCAGUGGUCAUCCGAGCUGUGCUGCUGUUCAAGGCACAAAAGCUGUUCAUGGCAGUGGAAGCAGAGAGAGGGCAGUGCAAAGACAAAGGGAGGCAGGAAAGCUCUUUAUCAACCAGUGUUGAUGGAGAUUAGAUCUGCAGGCAGGGAUCAGUGACACAGUGUGGACUGGGAGGAUACUUCAUAGUGUUAUAUCACCACCCUACAGUGCACUUUUAGCACACAGUCAGAGAGCUCUCUUUUGCUUUUAAAACAAUUAAUGGUGCAGACUUGGAAAUUGUCAUUAUUACACUUCCCCGCUCAAAGGGUUGCACUUGGGAAAUGUGCUUUGCAGUUCAGUGUGGUUAAUGAUGUGAAAACACCUACAGUUUCUCCUCAGUUCUCCCAGUGCAUCAGAGCUAUAGAGGAUCAUUCUGACAGUUAUGUAAUGGAUGGACUGUCUUAUGUUUUUAACUAGACACGUUUCUCCUGCUGAAGGCCUUUCUCUUGUCUUUCAUUUAGUCUCAUGGUUGGCACUGAAAUAUAAAUGAUGUCUGUUGUGGUUUUGCUCUAGUGAUCCUUUAUAAUCCUAAUUUCACAAAGUGAAAACUCAUUACUGUGUAAUGUUUCAUUUUUUUUGUCAUGAAAGAGUUAUUAUGUCAUUACAGUGCCAACACAGGGCAGGGAUGUAAAUGUGUGUGUGUGUUUGGCGUUGGUUUGUUCAUUUGUGUGUUCUUUUUUUCUUUCUCUAUUUGUACUGUAGGCAGAUAUGUCUGUCUCUAUCUAAUCUUUAGGUUUCUGAGUGUCUGACUCUGUUUCAAUAACUGUGUGUGUGUCUCACCCUAGGCUGUGUGAGAUGGUGGUACCUCUGGAAGACCCUAUUAUCACUGAGACCACCUCCACCCUGCAGGAAUGGGGCGUGUUGUGGAAGCAACUCUACGUGGUCAGUACCACCUCACCUCUCACGGGGAAACCUCUGUCUAGCUUAGAGAAAACACUGAGUCCAUUUAAAUGCAACGUACAGGGUGGUUGAUCUGAAAGGGAAAGCGAAAAAGGAUCUGCACCCACCCCUGCUUUACAUACUUAGCUCCAAAGAUUUGAUAAGAUACAGAUUUGUACCUGCAGUAUGCAGUUUUCAUGCAGUUUUCACCUCAUUCAAUAGCUGAAAAAGACUGGGGGAAAGCAACAACUAUUGGGGUUGAACACACUGUAUAUACAGCCGCUUCCCAUGAAUCCCCAUAGCGUGCCAUUUAGGCUGUCACUCCACUCUUCAUCAUUAUAUCCUGCCUAUGUAAAUCCCAAAAUAGUAAUUGGCAAUAAAUAAUGGCGUAGUAGAUAGCUGUCAUAGGCAAUAUCACGGAAUGUCACUCUGCCAUUACCUUACUACUUUGCCUAUCCCGGUCCCAGAUCUCUACGUGCUGUAGCCAACUCUUCUAUCGUUGGCAUGCCAUUCAUGACAAUGAUAGUCAGAGGAGAUAGCUAAAGAACACAGGCUAAUGUUUAUGUUAUGGCCUAUCAUAGAGUCAUCUUAAAACUCAACAGAGUAUUGUACGUUCAGCCAGCAUUGUCAUCAUCACCCUCCCACUGUAUAAAUGUUUAUGGAGACCUAAAUAAACCCUAAUCCUGCUAAUUGUGGAGGGGUCAGGAACCAGGAGGAUGUACGUAGCUGAGGUUUGAGCUGAGCAGAGGGAGGGAGAUUUUGUUGAGCUGGGAUGGAAGCGAGUUUUUACGUAACUUAUCAACGAGCACUGCUCAUGCUCAGAGCAGCCAAGGAGCCUGGGGCAGGACUGUGGUGAUGUAACUUCCUGUCAAACACAACUAAAUUGAACCACUGAUUUAACGCUGCUCAUUUCGGGCACUCACUCUGCCCCCCUGUGUGGUAGCCAGUGUAGCCAGUCACCAUGGUUACCGUCCAUAAAAACAGGAUGUAUCAUUGGCUUAAUCAGGGGUGUCAAACUCAGUCCGUAGGGCUGCACUGAAAAUUGGUUAUAUUUCCUCUAUAUAUAUAUAUAUUUUUUUUUUCAAUAGUCCUCUAUCCAAUUUUUAUGCUCCUUGACUUUCUAGCUUUCAUUUCGGUGAUUAUUAGUGAGCUGGACACAGUGAAGAAACUGUAUGAAUGUAGGCAAUUAUAAUUUCUACACAGUUUCGAUUUGAUUUUAGUCAUUUGCAAGUAUAUAUAUUUUGGGAAUAUUAUUAUUAUAUAUAUUUUUUACUCAAACCACCCACGGGCCGGAUUGGACCCCCCUCGCGGUCGGAUCUGGCCCCUGCGCCGUAUGUUUGACACCCCUGGGCUAGAUAUUUACACGUUUUUCCUUGAAUGCUUUGCGCUCAAGGCAUAUUGCAAUUAGAAUGCAUCGUGGUACCUCAGGGAGCGAUGGCCUGAGAAUUAGUGUAUCUGUUGUAAUGUACAUAAUUAGGCCUCACAGAACAGCCGUCCGAGAGGCCUCAUCAGCUCUGACUAAAAUCUUUGUUUUACAGCCACCAGCAGGUUGAGAACAUGGAAUGUUUACCCUCAUUAAAUUUACAUGAACAUUGUAGAUGCGCUUAAUCUUUACACUUAUAUAAACAAACCUGGGAGGUAGUGUGGGCUUGUCAGUCCGAUGGGAGGAAUAAUAAACGCUUGAAUUAAAAGUGCUGUCCUUGGUCAUGGAGAAAAGCUAGUUUCCACAAAGCUGUUGUUGAUGAAACCCUGUAAGGACUCUGAGUAGGACAUAUAUUUUUAUUUUUAUAAUUAAUUGUGCUGGUACUUUAGCUCAAUCAGUGGAACACUUGUUCUAACUUUGUAGCCUCCAGUAGAAAAUGAAGAUGCUUGUUGGUUGUUUGAUAACAGAGAAACAGGUUUCACUGAACGUCUAUUUUCCUUUAUAGCUGCAUAAUUCCUGCAUAAUGAUUUAAUGACACAGCCAUGUUAGUGUGUUUCAUUAACACUCAUUACAGUUUCAUAACCCUGACCUUCUACUGUCAGGAGGAACACAUGCAAUCGAACAGCAGCUAGUUGCUUAGCUGUGUGUUUCAUAAUGAAAGUAUAUUUAAAACCAUGGAUGGAAUCAUGAGGGUGCCUGGAGCUGGAGUUGCUUUGUUCUUCCAUAGCAGACCAGGGAAAUCUCAUAAGAAUAGAGAUACUAACAUGGAAACGUCAGAGUCCAGACCAAUAUAGACAUACUGUAUUGUGGGAAUGUCCAAGAGUCAAUGUGUAAUGAACCAUGUAUUGUUACAUUCAUGUUUUGAUCAUAUUGUUGUGUGUGUGAUCCCCACAGAAGCACAAGGUGGACCUGUUCCACAAGCUGCGUCAUGUGAUGAAUGAGCUCAUCGACCUGCGCCGGCAGCUCAUCCAGGGUCACCUGGCCCAGGACCAGACCAGAGAGAUCAAACGCCACAUAACCGUGCGCCUGGACUGGGGCAAUGAGUGAGUUACUGUACUGUAGUGCAUGGGCCAGGAACCAUAUCAAGUUUGUUUGUGUGUGUGUGUGUUUCUGUGUGCAUUUGUAAUACUGUAUCAUGUUACAGUACAUAAUAAUGUAGAUGUAAUGUAAUGACAAGGUCAUUUAGCAGAUUUGUUUAUCCAAAGCAAUUCCUAGAUAAUGUAAUACUUAUCAGAGUACUUAUGCAGUACUCUAUACAGUGGGUAUCUGUUCCUAGGACCACUUUAAGCUGUACACUCCACAGAGCUGGGCUUUAUGGAAGAGUGCCAGAAAAAAGCCAUUGCUUAAUGAAAGAAAUAAGCAAACACGUUUGAUGUUCGCCAAAAGGCAUGUGGGAGACUCCCCAAACAUAUGGAAGAAGGUACUUGUGUCAGAUGACACUUUAAUUUAGCUUUUUGGCCAUCAAGGAAAACGUUAUGUCUGGCGCAAACCCAACACCUCUCAUCACCCCGAGAACACCAUCCCCACAGUGAAGCAUGGUGGUGGCAGCAUCAUGCUGUGGGGAUGUGUUUCAUCCCAGGGACCAGGGACUGGGAAACUGGUCAGAAUUGAAGGAAUGAUGGAUGGCGCUAAAUACAGGGAAAUUCUUGAGGGAAACCUGUUUCAGUCUUCCAGAGAUUUGAGACUGGGAUGGAAGUUCACCUUCCAGCAGGACAAUGACCCUAAGUAUACUGCUAAAGCAACACUCGAGUGGUUUAAGGGGAAACAUGUAAAUAUCUUGGAAAGGCCUAGUCAAAGGGGUGAAAAGUUAUGCACGCUCAAGUGUUCUAUUUUUUUGUCUUAUUUCUUGUUUGUUUCAUGAGAAAAAGUAUUUUCCAUCUUCAAAGUGGUAGGCAUGUUGUGUAAAUCAAAUGAUACAACCCCCCAAAAAAUCCAUUUUAAUUCCAGGUUGUAAGGCAACAAAAUAGGAAAAAUGCCAAGGGGGAUGAAUACUUUCGCAAGCAACUGUAUCUCCAGGCCAGUAGGCAGUUAAACAAUCACCACUAGCCUUAGUCACUGUUCUAGCCAGCUACCACCAGGUACUCUAGCCUGCACCUUAGAGACUGCUGCCCUACAGUGAGGGAAAAAAUUAUUUGAUCCCCUGCUGAUUUUGUACGUUUGCCCACUUACAAAGAAAUGAUCAGUCUAUAAUUUUAAUAGUAGGUUUAUUUGAACAGUGAGAGACAGAAUAACAAAAAAAUAAGUAUAAGUAUUUGACCCCCUCUCAAUCAGAAAGAUUUCUGGCUCCCAGGUGUCUUUUAUACAGGUAACAAGCUGAGAUUAGGAGCACACUCUAAAAGGGAGUGCUCCUAAUCUCAGUUUGUUACCUGUAUAAAAGACACCUGUCCACAGAAGCAAUCAAUCAAUCAGAUUCCAAACUCUCCACCAUGGCCAAGACCAAAGAGCUCUCCAAGCAUGUCAGGGACAAGAUUGUAGACCUACACAAGGCUGGAAUGGGCUACAAGACCAUCGCCAAGCAGCUUGGUGAGAAGGUGACAACAGUUGGUGCGAUUAUUCGCAAAUGGAAGAAACACAAAAGCACUGUCAAUCUCCCUCGGCCUGGGGCUCCAUGCAAGAUCUCACCUCGUGGAGUUGCAAUGAUCAUGAGAACGGUGAGGAAUCAGCCCAGAACUACACGGGAGGAUCUUGUCAAUGAUCUCAAAGCAGCUGGGACCAUAGUCACCAAGAAAACAAUUGGUAACACACUACGCCGUGAAGGACUGAAAUCCUGCAGAGCACGCAAGGUCCCCCUGCUCAAGAAAGCACAUAUACAGGCCCGUCUGAAGUUUGCCAAUGAACAUCUGAAUGAUUAAGAGGAGAACUGGGUGAAAGUGUUGUGGUCAGAUGAGACCAAAAUGGAGCUCUUUGGCAUCAACUCAACUCGCCGUGUUUGGAGGAGGAGGAAUGCUGCCUAUUACCCCAAGAACACCAUCCCCACUGUCAAACAUGGAGGUGGAAACAUUAUGCUUUGGGGGUGUUUUUCUGCUAAGGGGACAGGACAACUUCACCGCAUCAAAGGGACGAUGGAUGGGGCCAUGUACUGUAAAAUCUUGGGUGAGAACCUCCUUCCCUCAGCCAGGGCAUUGAAAAUGGGUAGUGGAUGGGUAUUCCAGCAUGACAAUGACCCAAAACACACAGCCAAGGCAACAAAGGAGAGGCUCAAGAAGAGGCACAUUAAGGUCCUGGAGUGGCCUAGCCAGUCUCCAGACCUUAAUCCCAAAGAAAAUCUGUGGAGGGAGCUGAAGGUUUGAGUUGCCAAACGUCAGCCUCGAAACCUUAAUGACUUGGAGAAGAUCUGCAAAGAGGAGUGGGACAAAAUCCCUCCUGAGAUGUGUGCAAACCUGGUGGCCAACUACAAGAAACGUCUGACCUCUGUGAUUGCCAACAAGGGUUUUGCCACCAAGUACUAAGUCAUGUUUUGCAGAGGGGUCAAAUACUGAUUUCCCUCAUUAAAAUGCAAAUCAAUUUAUAACAUUUUUGACAUGCAUUUUUCUGGAUUUUGUUGUUGUUAUUCUCUCUCUCACUUUUCAAAUAAACCUAGCAUAAAAAUAUAGACUGAUCAUGUCUUUGUCAGUGGGCAAACGUACUAAAUCAGCAGGGGAUCAAAUACUUUUUUCCCUCACUGUAUCUACAUAGAGUCAUUGAACGCUGGUCACUUUAAUAAUGUUUACAUCCUGAUUUACCCACUUUAUAUGUAUAUACUGUAUUCUAGUCAUUGAACACUGGUCACUUUAAUCAUGUUUACAUACAAAAAACACACUAUUAUACAGUACCAGUCAAAAGUUUGGACACACCUACUCAUUCAAGGGUUUUUCUUUAUUUUUACUAUUUUCUACAUUGUAGGAUAAUAGUGAAGACAUCAAAACUAUGAAAUAACUAAUGGGAUCAGGUAGCAACCCAAAAAGUGUUAAACAAAUCAAAAUAUAUUUUAUAUUUGAGAUUCUUCAAAUAGCCACCCUUUGCCUUGACAGCUUUGCACACUCUUGGCAUUCUCUCAACCAGCUUCACCUGGAAUGCUUUUCCAACAGUCUUGAAGGAGUUCCCACAUAUGCUGAGCGCUUGUUGGCUGCUUUUCCUUCACUCUGCGGUCCGACUCAUCUCAAACCAUCUCAAUUGGGUUGAGGUCGGGUGAUUGUGGAGGCCAGGUCAUCUGAUGCAGCACUCCAUCACUCUCCUUCUUGGUAAAAUAUCCCUUACACAGCCUGGAGGUGUGUUGGGUCAUUGUCCUAUUGAAUAACAAAUGAUAGUCCCACUAAGCCCAAACCAAAUGGGAUGGUGUAUCGCUGCAGAAUGCUGUGGUAGCCAUGCUGGUUAAGUGUGCCUUGAAUUCUAAAUAAAUCACAGACAGUGUCACAAGCAAAGCACCCCCACACCAUAACACCUCCUCCUCCAUGCUUUACGUUGGGAACUACACAUGCGGAGAUCAUCCAUUCACACACACCGCUUCUCACAGAGACACGGCGGUUGGAACCAAAAAUCUCCAAUUUGAACUUCAGACCAAAGGACACAUGUCCAUUGCUCGUGUUUCUUGGCCCAAUGAGGUCUCUUCUUCUUAUUGGUGUCCUUUAAUAGUGGUUUCUUUGCAGCAAUUCGACCAUGAAGGCCUGAUUCACACAGUCCCCUCUGAACAGUUGAUGUUGAGAUGCGUCUGUGCCUUGAACUCUGUGAAACAUGGUCCUCUGUAGCUCAGCUGGUAGAGCACGGCGCUUGUAACGCCAAGGUAGUGGGUUCGAUCCCCGGGACCACCCAUACACAAAAAUGUAUGCACGCAUGACUGUAAGUCGCUUUGGAUAAAAGCGUCUGCUAAAUGGCAUAUUAUUAUUAUUAUUAUUAUUAUUUAUUUGGGCUGCAAUUUCUGAGGCUUGUAACUCUAAUGAACUCAUCCUCUGCAGCAGAGAUAACUCUGGGUCUUCCUUUCCUUUGGCGGUCCUCAUGAGAGCCAGUUUCAUCAUCGUUCUUGAUGGUUUUUGCGACUGCACUUGAAGAAACGUUCAAAGUUCUUGAAAUGUUCCGUAUUGACUGACCUUCAUGUCUUAAAGUAAUGAUGGACUGUCGUUUCUCUUUGCUUAUUUGAGCUGUUCUUGCCAUAAUAUGGAAUUGGUCUUUUACCAAAUAGGGCUAUCAGUUCAGAAAGACGACUGUAUCUUUGAUGUGUCUGGGUGGUUUUAAUACAUAAUCAACAGCAUAAUUAUUAACUUGACCAUGCUUAAAGAGAUAUUCAAUAUCUGAUUUGUUAUUGUUACCCAUCUACCAAUCACUGCCCUUCUUUAUUACCUGCUUUCUUUCUUUCUUUUUACCUUUCUUCUUACCUUCUUUAUGAGGGUUUCGAAAAGCUCCAUGGUAGUUCGAUUUGCGCUUGAAAUUCAAUACUUGACUGAGGGACCUUACAUAUGUUAUAUGUAUGGGGGACAGAAGAAGGGGUAGUAAUUUACAAAUCAUGUCAACCCCUAUUAUUUCACACAUAGUGAGUCCAUGUAACUUAUUAUUUGAUUUGUUAAGCCACAUUUUACUCCUGACCUAAUUUAGGCUUGCCUAAAGGAAGUAGGCACUUAAUACAUAUGCAACGACUAUAUUUUAGUUUUUGAAUUGUUAAUAAUUUGUAAAAAUGUGUAGAAUUGUAUUUUCAUUUUGUCAUUAUGGACUAUUUUGUGUAGAUCAAUGACAAAAAAAAAUCACAAUUAAAUCUAUUACAAUCCAACUUUGUAAUGCAACAAAAAAAGGUGGGUGAAUACUUAUGAUACCCACUGUAGUUGGCCCUAAGGGGAAGGAAAUGGAUCCCAGCUCAUUGAUGUUGCCAGCACCAUGCUCCAUACUCCAGUAGCCACCCAUAGAGAGAGCUCUAAGGGGCUCCGUCCUCAUUAUCAAAGGAAGAGCUUUAGGUGAAAAGGCCAUCUGUUGGAUCAACUUGGACUUUUCCCCUAGUCUUAGUGAAAUGAAUUUAGGUCGACUUUAGCGGACAUCGUGCUUAGGCUUGAAUUCAAUCUUUACAGAUAAGAAAACCUGUAGAAAACCUUUUUAUGUGAAUGAGUGAGGUAAAGGCUAUUUUCUUCACAAGCUGACGUGGAGUAACCUGUGGUUGUGUGAUCUGACCAGAACACUCCACGUGUUUUCGUCACUCCAGCUCUCCAGGAUGGUGCUAGGGUGGCUGAGUGUGAUAGUGUUAUGACGCACACGUAAAUGUGAGCAUCCGCCUGUCAGAUCCUAUUCCGGGGAAUUGGCUGUGAAGGGUACACAAUACCUAGAUUUUAGUUUAGUAGUGGGUGGUGGUUUCAGCACCAUCUAGAAUGUAAUGUUAAACAUACAUCUUUAAUAAAUUCCAUACAACAUAAAAACAAACACUGUGGAAAGGUGUAUGAAUGUUAAUGAGUUGCCAAUGAGUUAAUUAAAUCAAAUACAAUUUUAUUUGUCACAUGCUUUGUUAACAGCAGGUAGACUAACAGUGAAAUAUUUACGGGUCCUUUUCCAACAAUGCAGAGUUAACGAUAAAGAUAAAACAAACAAACAAACAAAAAACAUUUGAAAUAGUGACACGAGGACUAAAUACACAGUGAAUAAUGAAAAGCAAUAACAAGUAAAAAUAAUAAUUGCUUGCCAAAAAUUUAUUUUUUCUACUUCCGGUCGUUGUUAUAUAGGUAACAAUCCUUCGAAGGAAGUGCCUGCAUUAUUACACAUAUUAUUCGUCAAUUGUGGGAAUUAAUUAAGAUAUGGAAGAUUUUAAAAUAUAUAUGUACACUACCAUUCAAAAGUUUGGGGUCACUUAGAAAUUGACAAUUUUUUUGUCCAUUAAAAUAACAUCAAAUUGAUCAUAAAUACAGUGUAGACAUUGUUAAUGUUGUAAAUGGCUAUUGUAGCUGGAAACGGCUGAUUUUUUAUGGAAUAUCUACAUAGGCGUACAGAGGCUCAUUUUCAGCAACCAUCAGUCCUGUGUUCCAAUGGCACGUUGUAUUUGCUAAUCCAAGUUUAUCAUUUAAAAAGGCUAAUUGAUCAUUAGAAAACCCUUUUACAAUUAUGUUAGCACAGCUGAAACUGUUGGGCUGAUUAAAGAAGCAAUAAAACUGGCCUUCUUGAGACUAGUUGUGUAUCUGGAGCAUCAGCAAUUGUGGGUUCGAUUAUAGGCUCAAAAUGGCCAGAAACAAAUAACUUUCUUCUGAAACUCAUCAGUUUAUCCUUGUUCUGACAAAUGAAGGCUAUUCCAUGCGAGAAAUUGCCAAGAAACUGAAGAUCUCAUACAACGCUGUGUACUACUCCCUUCACAGAACAUCGCAAACUGGCUCUAACCAGAAUAGAAAGAGAAGUGGGAGGCCCCGGUGCACAACUGAGCAAGAGGACAAAUACAUUAGUUUGAGAAACAGACGCCUCACAGGUCCUCAACUGGCAGCUUCAUUAAAUAGUACCCGCAAAACACCAGUCUCAAUGUCAACAGUGAAGAGGUGACUCCGGGAUACUGACCUUCUAGGCAGAGUUGCAAAGAAAAAGCCAUAUCUCAGACUGCCCAUCUUAAUCUUUUAUUUUUAUUGGCCAGUCUGAGAUAUGGCUUUUUCUUUGAGACCAAUUCCAUAUUAUGGCAAGAACAGCUCAAAUAAGCAAAGAGAAGCGACAGUCCAUCAUUACUUUAAGACAUGAAGGUCAGUCAAUACGGAACAUUUCAAGAACUUUGAACGUUUCUUCAAGUGCAGUCGCAAAAACCAUCAAGCGCUAUGAUGAAACUGGCUCUAAUGAGGACCACCACAGGAAUGGAAGACCCAGAGUUUCCUCUGCUGCAGAGGAUAAGUUCAUUAGAGUUACCAGCCUCAGAAAUUGCUGCUCAAAUAAAUGCUUCACAGAGUUCAAGGCACAGACACAUCUCAACAUCAACUGUUCAGAGGAGAUUGUGUGAAUCAGGCCUGCCAAGAAACCCCUACUAAAGGACACCAGUAAGAAGAAGAGACUUGCUUGGGCCAAGAAACACGAGCGAUGGACAUUGGACCGGUGGACCUUUGGUCUAGAGUCCAUAUUGGAGAUUCUUGGUUCCAACCGCCGUGUCUUUGUGAGACGCGGUGUGGGUGAACGGAUGAGGUGUAGUUCCCACCGUAAAGCAUGGAAGAGGAGGUGUUAUGGUGUGGGGGUACUUUGCUGGUGACACUGUCUGUGAUUUAUUUAGAAUUCAAGGCACACAUAACCAGCAUGGCUACCACAGCAUUCUGCAGCGAUACGCCAUCCCAUCUGGUUUGGGCUUAGUGGGACUAUCAUUUGUCUUUCAACAGGACAAUGACCCAACACACCUCCAGGCUGUGUAAGGGCUAUUUUACCAUGAAGGAGCGUGAUGGAGUGCUGCAUCAGAUGACCUGGACUCCACAGUCCCCCUACCUCAACCAAAUUGAUAUGGUUUGGGAUGAGUCAGACCGCAGAGUGAAGGAAAAGCAGCCAACAAGUGCUCAGCAUAUGUGGGAACUCCUUCAAGACUGUUGGAAAAGCAUUCCAGGUGAAGCUGGUUGAGAGAAUGCCAAGAGUGUGCAAAGCUGUCAUCAAGGCAAAGGGUGGCUAUUUGAAGAAUCUCAAAUAUAAAACACUUUUUUGUUAUUACAUGAUUCCAUAUGUGUUAUUUCAUAGUUCUGAUGUCUUCACUAAUAUUCUACAGUGUAGAAAAUAGUAAAAAUAAAGAAAAACCCUUGAAUGAGUAGGUGUUCUAAAACUUUUGACCAGUAGUGUAUAUACAACCUUUUUUUCCGUUAUUAGCAUGUUGUAACCACUCCUAUAAAAAUGGUAGACUAUCAGAUACUCAGCAAGAAGCUCUGAUUUCACUAUUACUGAAACAGGACCCAGGUGGUAAAUAUAAAGAUCCAGUCCACCAGCAAAAUGCAUAGCGCAUAGAAUAAAAAAGUUAUUGUCGGAUAUUAUUCAUCCUAAUCAGACAGGUUUUUUACAUCAACGAUACAUUGGAGAUAAUUUAAGACAAGUACUGGAAACAAUAGAACACUGAAAAAUCUGUGAAACCAGGCCUGGUAUUCAUAGCUGAUUUUGAAAAGGCCUUUGAUAAAGUAUGACUGCAAUUUAUAUAUAAAUACUUGGACUAUUUUAAUUUUAGAGAGUCUCUUAUACAAUGGGUCAAAGUUACGUAUAGUAACCCCAGGUGGAAAAUUGUAAAUAAUGGCUACUUCUCACUAAUUAUUAAAUUGUAAAGAGGAGUAAAACAAGGUUGACCACUAUCAGCAUAUCUAUUUAUUAUGGCCAUCAAAAUGUUAGCUAUUAAAAUCAGAUCCAACAAUAAUAUCAAGUGGCUAGAAAUCCAGGGCUUAAAAAUAAAGGUGUCAUUGUAAACUGACGACUCAUGUUUCUUUUAAAUCCGCAAUUUGGAUCCCUGCACAGCCUCAUAGAGGAUCUAGAUCAUUUUUCUAACCUCUCUGAAUUACAACCGAACUAUGAUAAGUGUACCAUAUUAUGUAUUGGAUCGCAACAAAACACAACUUUUACAUUACCAUGUAGUUUACCAAUAAAUUGGUCUGACGGUGAAGUGUACAUACUUGUUAUUCAUAUCCCGAAAGAUAGAAAUUAUCUUGCUACACUACAUUUUAAUAGAAAGUUAGCAAAAAUAGAUACGAUUUUGCUACCAUGGAAAGGAAAAUACCUGUCUAUUUGUGGAAAAAUCACCCUCAUUAAUUAUUUAGUCAUGCCCCAGUUUACCUAUUUACUGAUGGCCCUGCCUACACUGAAUGACGUAAUAUAUAUAUAUAUAUAUAUAUAUAUAUAUAUAUAUAUAUAUAUAUAUAUAUAUAUGAGCAAAGAAUAUUUCACUUAAUUUGGAACAUAUAUGAGCAAAGAAUAUUUCACUUAAUUUGGAACGGCAAGCCAGACAAAAUUAAACGGGCCUAUUUAGAUAAUGAAUAUGAAUUCAGAGGGCUAAAAUGAUUAAAUAUUAAAGCAUUGAACCUCUCACUAAAGGUUUCAUUCAUACAGAAGUUAUACUUAAAUCCGAACUGGUUCUCCAGCACAUUAGUAAGAAUGGCUCACCACAUGUUAAAAAAUAGCCUCUUUCUCUUUAUUCAGAUUACAAACACUCACUUUCGGUUAUUUGAAAAUGAAAUAAUCUAAAAAAUAUCGCAAAUUUUUUUUUAAACAAGACAUAGAAAGCUGGCAAGAAUUUCAGUUAAACUCAAAUAUACUAAUUGAUAGAAAACAUUAUUAUUUCUUUUAAAAUGUUUAAAAUGGAAUAAUCUUUGUUAGUGAUAUCAUAAAUAGGACUGGUGGAGUUAUGUCACACAUGUAGCUAAAAAAAGUAUACAGUGAGGGAAAAAAGUAUUUGAUCCCCUGCUGAUUUUGUAUGUUUGCCCACUGACAAAGACAUGAUCAGUCUAUAAUUUUAAUUGGUAGGUUUAUUUUAACAGUGAGAGACAGAAUAACAAUAAAAAAAAUCCAGAAAAAUGCAUGUCAAAAAUUUUAUAAAUUGAUUUGCAUUUUAAUGAGGGAAAUAAGUAUUUGACCCCCUCUCAAUCAGAAAGGCUUCCAGGUGUCUUUUAUACAGGUAACGAGCUGAGAUUAGGAGCACACUCUUAAAGGGAGUGCUCCUAAUCUCAGCUUGUUACCUGUAUAAAAGACACCUGUCCACAGAAGCAAUCAAUCAAUCAGAUUCCAAACUCUCCACCAUGGCCAAGACCAAAGAGCUCUCCAAGGAUGUCAGGGACAAGAUUGUAGGCUGGAAUGGGCUACAAGACCAUCGCCAAGCAGCUUGAUGAGAAGGUGACAACAGUUGGUGCGAUUAUUCGCAAAUGGAAGAAACACAAAAGAACGUCAAUCUCCCUCGGCCUGGGGCUCCAUGCAAGAUCUCACCUCGUGGAGUUGCAAUGAUCAUGAGAACGGUGAGGAAUCAGCCCAGAACUACACGGGAGGAGCUUGUCAAAUGAUCUCAAGGCAGCUGGGACCAUAGUCACCAAGAAAUCAAUUGGUAACACACUACGCCGUGAAGGACGGAAAUCCUGCAGCGCCCGCAAGGUCCCCCUGCUCAAGAAAGCACAUAUACAUGCCAGUCUGAAGUUUGCCAAUGAACAUCUGAAUGAUUCAGAGGAGAACUGGGUGAAAGUGUUGUGGUUAGAUGAGACCAAAAUCGAGCUCUUUGGCAUCAACUCAACUCGCCGUGUUUGAAGGAGGAGGAAUGCUGCCUAUGACCCCAAGAACACCAUCCCCACCGUCAAACAUGGAGGUGGAAACAUUAUGCUUUGGAGGUGUUUUUCUGCUAAGGGACAGGACAACUUCACCGCUUCAAAGGGACGAUGGACGGGGCCAUGUACCGUUAAAUCUUGGGUGAGAACCUCCUUCCCUCAGCCAGGGCAUUGAAAAUGGGUCGUGGAUGGGUAUUCCAGCAUGACAAUGACCCAAAACACACGGCCAAUGCAACAAAGGAGUGGCUCAAGAAGAAGCACAUUAAGGUCUUGGAGUGGCCUAGCCAGUCUCCAGACCUUAAUCCCAUAGAAAAUCUGUGGAGGGAGCUGAAGGUUUGAGUUGCCAAACAUCAGCCUCGAAACCUUAAUGACUUGGAGAAGAUCUGCAAAGAGGAGUGGGACAAAAUCCCUCUUGAGAUGUGUGCAAACCUGGUGGCCAACUACAAGAAACGUCUGACCUCUGUGAUUGCCAACAAGGGUUUUGCCACCAAGUACUAAGUCAUGUUUUGCAGAGGUGUCAAAUACUUAUUUCCCACAUUAAAAUGCAAAUCAAUUCAUAACAUUUUUGACAUGCGUUUUACUUGAUUUUUUUGUUGUUAUUCUGUCUCUCACUGUUCAAAUAAACCUAGCAUUAAAAUUAUAGACUGAUCAUGUCUUUGUCAGUGGGCAAACGUACAAAAUCAGCAGGGGAUCCCAAAAAAAUUCCCUCACUGUAGCUUGUUUUUCGUUGCAUGUUCAGGAAUGGCUGAAAAAUCACAGCAUUUACCUAAAGCUUGUGGUUGCCUACCCUCACCGCCUGGGGGCGGCCCGUCAGGAAGUCCAGGAUCCAGUUGCAGAGUAAGGUGUUCAUUCCCUGGGUCCUGAGCUUUUUGAUGAGCUUGGAAGGGACUAUGAUGUUGAAUGCUGAGCUGUAGUCAAUGAACAGCAUUCUGACAUAGGUAUUCCUUUUGGGCAGUGUGGAGUGCAAUAGCGAUUGCGUCAUCUGUGGAUCUGUUGGGGCGGUAUGCGAAUUGGAGUAGGUCCAGGUUGUCUGGGAUGAUGGUGUUGAUGUGAGCCAACCUGAUAAGCAUUUCAUGGCUAUAGAUGUGAUUGCUACGGGGCGAUAGUCAUUUAGGCAGGUUACCUUGAUGUUAUUGGGCACGGGGACUAUGGUGGUCUGCUUGAAACAAGUUGCUAUUACAGAACGUGUCAGGGAGAGGUGAAGACACGUGUCAGCUGGUCAGCGCAUGCUCUCAGUACGCGUCCUGGUAUUCCGUCUGGCCCUGCGGCCUUGCGAAUUAUAACCUGUUUAAAGGUCUUACUCACAUCGGCUACGGAGAGCGAGAUCACACAGUUGGGCUCUCAUUUAUAGGCACCUGAGCAAUGGAGCAGCUGCAUCCACACUUUUUUUUCCAGAAAAGUAUCAUGAUCCAUUGGAUAAUUUUCAAUGAUUAGUCAUGUUUUGAGCUAGUCUGUAUUAAGAUAGAUAUGUCAACUUUAUUUAUUUAUAUAAUUAACAGAUUGCAUAUUGCACCUCCCCCCGUCGCCUGAAGAUGAAUGGUUUUACCCACUGGAAAGUUUUGCUUCCCUCCCGCACGCCACUGUUUUGGUUCAGUGCAGUUCGAAAGCACUAGUUGCACCACUGGUGUUUAAAAUCCAAAGGCACCUGCAGGCAUUUAACAGCACUGUGCAUUGUUGCCAUAUAUUUUCCCAACAUCAAUCCUUUAAUCCUUAAUUCUGUUGACACCCCCGUGCAUCAAUCGAAUUAACAUAAUACUCAAAUACCCAUAAAGAACCUUCAGUUUAAGCUAGAGAUAUGUUUUUUUUGUAUGGGCAGCAUCUUAAUACACCACAUCCGCCUAUGUCAGCCUGUUGCAUCUGCGGUGGAAAGUGGCAGAGCUAUAGAUCUGUUUGUCAGACCAGGAGACAUCCCACAAAUCGGGUCGUAGAGCAAAAUAGAGAACACCAUUGUGUUUGUGAGAGUCUCCCCUUUCCACAGUGGGGUCAUAUUAGUUUGUAGGCCAAACAGUUUGGACGCUACAGACAGAAGUUGGCACAUUGGCGGUACCAAUGUCCCGUGGGGGUUGUAGAGCAAAACGGAGAACACCAUCGUGCUCCUGAUAGUCUCGUCUUUCUAUAGAGUUGGUCAUGGUCAGCAGGCCAAACCAUUCGGACACUACAGACGUUUUCGGGAUGUCUCCUUGUCUGACAAACAGCGCUGUAGCUCUGUCACUUUCCACCGCAGAUAUGGUCAAUUAAGAUGCAGCCCAUGCAAAAAAAUAAAAAAUACAGAUACAGCAUCUCUAGCUUAAACUGACGGAUUUGAUGGGGAUUUAAAAAAAAAUGUUAAUUAGGUUAUAUACUCUUAAGGAUUAAUUAUUGGGGGUGGGAUUUUCAGGGAAGGGAGUAGAUUAGUAAGAAAGAAAUGAAAACACAUUUUCAAUAUAAUUUGUUGUGGCAAAACCUAAGAACAGUAUCAAUCAAAUUUCAAUCAAAUGUAUUUAUAAAGCCCUUUUUACAUCAGCAGAUGUCAUAAAGUGCUUUACAGAAACCCAGCCAAAAACCCCAAACAGCAAGCAAUGCAGAUGUAGAAGCACGGUGGCUAGGAAAAACUCUCUAGAAAGGCAGGAACCUAGGAAGAAACCCAGAGAGGAACCAGGCUCUGAGGGGUGGCCAGUCCUCUUCUGGCUGUGCCAGGUGGAGAUUCUAAGAGUACAUGGCCAUUAAGGCCAGAUUGUUCUUCAGGAUGUUCAAAUAGUUGUGUUCUGUUCAUAAAUAUGGAUUCCCCCUGUGAAGAAAUAGUGUAUUAUUGCAGGAAAUGGUUUUCUGCAAUUCUAAAAAAUGUAACAUUAUUUUUUAAAUAAAGAAAGCCAGGUGCUCAUGCUCUUGCAAGCAUAAAAAGCAUUUAGCUCUUGUUCAGACCCUGCUUACUAAAGGAAUAUUUCUGAAUUUUGGCAAUUAAGCCCAUUAUCUACUUCCCCAAAGUCAGAUUAACUCAUGGAUACCAUUUUUAUGUCUCUGCAUCCAGUAUGAAGGAAGUUAUGUGGUUUCGCCAGCCAAUGCUAACUAGCGUUGAUGCAAUGACUGGAGGUGCGCUAAUGCGAGUUAGCAAUUGCACUAACGCUAGUUAGCAACUUCCUUCAAACUGCACGCAGAGACAUAAAAUGUUAUCCAUGAGUUAAUCUCAUAAAUAGUAGAUAAAGGCCUUUCAUUGCCAAAUAUCCCAAAGUAUCCCUUUAAUAAUCACUGUCUGAACAAGAGCUAAAUGCCUUCUAUGCUUGCUUCGAAUAGUAUUUAAGAGAUAUAAGGGGUAUUUUUUUUAGAUAAAAGGAAAUGCUUUUUGUGUGUUCUUGGAUGGUUAAUGUUAUGAUUUGUUGUCUCCCGCCCCUCUCUCUCUCUCUCUCUCUCUCUCUCUCUCUCUCUCUCUCUCUCUCUCCCUCUCUCUCUCUCUCUCUCUCCCUCUCUCUCUCUUUCUCUCUCCCAAUAUCUCUCUCAAUAGGCACCUUGGCUUGGACCUUGUUCCUAGAAAGGAGUUUGAAAUGGUGGAUCCGGAUCAUAUCAGUGCAUCUGAACUCUACAAAAUGGUACGGUCAACAUAGGGAGGUAUUAAUGUUGCAUUCUGUACAUUGCCAUUCUAUGUGGGUGUUAUGUGUGAAUGCAAAUCUAUGCACAUCGUUUCCUCUAUCAAACCCCUGGGAAAUAAGAGAACAGUGACCCUCAAGAUGUGCAUUAUUAUAAUAUAUUAUUAUACACGCACAGUGUACUUCCACAGAUUCUUCCUUUGUGUGAUAGUAUUUUAAUAUAAGUGUGUGGGUUGUGAAUUACUGUAUUUGUUGUAUUUACUGACAAGUGUGUUUAUGCAAAUAUAUGUUGGAAUCUGUUUGUAUGUGUGUGCUGUAUGAUUUGUGUGUGUCUGCCGCCUUGUGCACUUGUGAAUGUAUGUGUCUUGUAUGGAUUUUCUGAGUAAGGGUGUGUGUGUGUGUGUGUGUGUGUGUGUGUGUGUGUGUGUGUGUGCGGCACAACUCCGCUUUUGUGGAUCAAGCCAGUUCAUCCCCCCUACUCUUUAAGGUCACGUUGAUGCCAUAUUGAGAGUGUUCCUCUACAUGCGCACACAUGACCAAAACGUGAACGUUAACUAGAUGCACUGUGACAGCCAUGUCAGAGGAUUUGAAAAAACACACACGUUUUGGUUAUUGUAAUUUACAUAGUACAGUCUGGGUUACGUAAACUAACCACAUCUAUAGUUGAGACAUAAUUCUAUAAAUAAGUUAUAUCCCAAAUGUGCUCUUGGAAUUUGGAAUAAGCUGUAGUAACGUAGGAGGGAGUUCUACACUAAGUGAACACCCCCAGUAAAAGGAGAUUAGAAUGACUCAGCCAGAUCCAGAAUUAGGAAAGUGUAAUCACUGCUCAGACGUAGAUGUCAUGUUUUGGGGGAGGCCAUCUUGGAAAUGGGAGACCCAGUCUUGACCAAUGGUGGAGGGUCCAUAUGCUGGUCUAAUACCGUCUCCAACUGCCCUGCAGUCGCCUAUUAUUGCUGUGCCAUUUUUAUCGGCUUUGCAGGCAGAUUGUUAGUGCAUUAAAUGCUCGGUCCAGAAACAACAGUGUGGUGCACCCCUGCCAAAAAGCCUCCUCACUCUGUUGAUGAAAGUGAGGUUGUUUUUGGUAGGGCACACAGGCCUUGGCGCCUCUUCAGGUAGGAGUAAAUGAGAUCUCUUAGGUUGCGGAGCAGAGAGGUGUGUGUGUAUGUGUGUGUGUGGGCGAUCUGUGCUUUGUCCUCUCCUCUCCCAUGGGCUCACGUUCUACCUCAUGUGGGCUUAUUUUUGGGAUACUGCUCACUGAAGGAACCUCUAGGCAAAAUUGGUGGGCGCCUUUAUAUCAGAAUUCAUGCAUCUAUUGCACUGUACUAUACAACAGGUGUGGGCUCUUUGUGAGGAACUAGUGUAUUGAUCAUGAGUAUGAAUAGAAUGGAAUGGGUUGACUAAACUGAAAUCUCUCUUCUCUAUGUACCCCACAGCAUGCAUCCAGCAGACACUGUGGCCAGCCAAGCACAAACCAGGUAUGACCUCAAUAAAAUAUCCUAUGCAGUAGCUAGAACCGGGUGGAGAUACACUGUAUGCAUGAGAACUCAUUUGACACGCCACUACUGACAAAAUACAUGCCACCAUUUUGAAUGAUCACCAUAACCAUCAACACUACCACAAACCCAACACAAACACAAAUCCAUUCAAUGUGAACGAUCACCUAGCUGGCAAAACGCAUCCACAAACCUGUCUACCACACAGUGACAACAUUCACAGGGUAGAUACACGUAGCAUGUGUGCAGUGCAGUGCAGUCAGAGCUUUGCCCCUCAGUAAGGACCUGUCUUGUUAGUGUUCGUCGUCCGAUCGUUCUCAGGGCGACAGCGUGCGUCAGCGCCAUGGAGACGGUUGCCGUGUUCCGGUGCUGCACCACCUCUUCAUCAACCUGAAGAGCUUCACCUACAACACCAUCAGCGAGGAGGCAGAUGUCUUCUUCUCCCUCUACGACACCCGGGACAACAAACAGAUCAGGUAGACGCACAGUCAACACUCCAUACACACACAGGACACAUUAACACAACCUCUACAGGCACACGUGCAAGAAGCAGCAGGUCAGGUACUUAAGAGGGAGCCACCGGACAUCUUAUUUUCCUUCUAUGAUACGUGUGACAACGACCAGAACAGAUACUGGAAGGACAGCUGCAGGACACACACAGAACUCAAACAUACAGGGCACGCACAUACAGAACACACACACGCAAACAACCUCUAUGAUACACGUGAGGCCCAAAUCGAGCGGGUGCUAGAGGGCAUAGUAGACACAAACCACACCCCAAACAUGUCACCCUCACUCAGCGCUAGGCCUUUCCCUCAUGUGACCCAUUUACACCCCAGACAGCACCACAUUGUAAAGCUCAAGGUUUCCUACACUUGCAAAAUAGAAUGAUCUCAAUGGGACUACUUGGUUUAAUAAGGAUUACAUUUAAAAACAAUGUGACUUGAAUCAUGUAACGUAUGUCUUCCUCCUCAGUGAGAAGUUUAUGGUGAGACUGAACAAAAAUGGAGGGCCAAAAAACCCAGAGAAGGUGGACCGUCUGUGUGCUCUCUUCACGGUAACUUUCCGCUCUCCAUCCUUACAUGAUGGCUCAUAGGAUUUUAGCUUUGGAUGAGCUAUUCAUGGAUAUGUUAUUCAACAGCAACCACAGUAAAACAGCAACACAUUUAAGUAAAUCAUGUAGUUAACUUGUCACGGUCGUCUAUGUCGUCUAAGUAUGACCAAGGCGCAGCGUGUCCAAGAAACAUGACUUUAAUAAUUAAACGUCAUAGAACUACAAAACAAAAGACGACUCAAUGAAGUCCACGGUACACAGACCGAAACGGAACAAAAACCCACAAUUCCCACAGGAAAACAUUCAGAUUAAAUAUGGCUCCCAAUCAGAGAUAACGAGCCGACAGCUGACACUCGUUACCUCCGAUUGGGAGUCAUAGACCAAACCUAGAAAUGAAGCCAACAGAAAGGCAAACCUAGAAAUACACCCAAACCCAACAUAACAAAAUACACCCUGGCUCAAAUACAAAAGUCCCGGAGCCAGAGUGUCACAGUACCCCCCCCUAAAGGUGCGAACUCCGGGCGCACCAGCAUACAGUCUAGGGGAGGGUCUGGGUGGGCGUCUGUCCACGGUGGCGGUUCUGGCCCUGGUCGUGGUCCCCACCCCACCUUAGUCACUAUCUGCUUCCGUAGCCUCCUCCACAUGACCACCCCCCAACUAAACCCCACUGGAUUAAGGGGCGGCACCGGACUAAAGGGCAGCACCGGACUAAGGGGCAGCACCAGGAUAAGGGGCAGCACCGGGCUAAGGGACAGCACCGGACUCAAUGGCGGAUCCUGGCUGGCUGGCUCUGGCGGAUCCUGGCUGGACGGCUCAUGGCUGGCUGAAGGAUCUGGCUGCUCAUGGCUGGCUGACGGAUCUGGCUGCUCAUGGCUGGCCGACGGAUCUGGCUGCUCAUGGCUGGCCGACGGAUCUGGCUGCUCAUGGCUGGCUGAAGGAUCUGGCUGCUCAUGGCUGGCUGACGGAUCUGGCUGCUCAUGGCCGGCUGACGGAUCUGGCUGCUCAUGGCUGGCGGAAGACUCUGGCUGAUCCUGUCUGGCGGAAGGCUCUGGCUGAUCCUGUCUGGCGGAAGGCUCUAGCGGCUCCGGUCUGGCGGACGGCUCUGAAGGCUCAUGGCAGACGGGCGGCUUUGCAGGCUCAGUCCAGACGGCCAGUUCAAGCGCCUUUGGGCAGACGGGCAGUUCAGGCCCCGUUGGGCAGACGGCAGACUCUGGCCGUCUGAGGCGCACCGUAGGCCUGGUGCGUGGUGCCGGAACUGGAGGUACCGGGCUGAGGACACGCAUCUCAGAGCUAGUGCGGGGAGAAGCAACAGGGCAUGCUGGACCCUGGGAACGCACAUAAAGCCUAGUGCGGGGAGAAGGAACAGGGCAUGCUGGACCCUGGGGACGCACAUAAGGCCUAGUGCGGAGAGCAGCAACAGGACGCACAGGACUCGGGGAACACACAGGAGGCUUGGUGCGUGGUGUAGGCACUGGUGGUACUGGGCUGGAGCGGGGAGGUGGCGCCGGAAAUACCGGACCGUGCAGGCUUACUGGCCCCCUUGAGCACUGAGCCUGCCCAACCUUACCCGGGUUGAUGCUCCCCGUCGCCCGACCAGUACGGGGAGGUGGAAUAACCCGCACCGGCCUAUGUGGGCGAACCGGGAACACCAUGCGUAAGGCUGGUGCCAUGUACGCCGGCCCGAGAAGACGCACUGGUAGCCGGAUGCGUUGGGCCGGCUUCAUGACAUCUGGCUCAACGCUCACUCUAACCCGGCCGAUACGUGGAGCUGGAAUGUACCGAACCGGGCUAUGCCUGCGUACAGGAGACACCAUGCGCUCUACUGCGUAACACGGUGUCUGCCCGUACUCUCGCUCUCCACGGUAAAUCCAGGGAGUAGGCGCAGGUCUCCUAACUGACUUCGCCACACUCCCUUUAAGCCCCCCCCCAAGAAAUUUUUGGGUGGUACCCACGGGCUUCCAGCCUUGACUCCGUGCUGCCUCCUCAUACCGCCUCCUCUCGGCUUUAGCUGCCUCCAGCUCUUCACGAGGGCGGCGAUAUUCUCCCGGUUGUGCCCAAGGACCCUUUCCAGCCAGUAUCUCCCCCCAUGUCCAUGAAUCCUUAGGAGCAGGGUCCUGUUGCCGCUUGACACGCUGCUUGGUCCUAUUAUGGUGGGUUUUUCUGUCACGGUCGUCUAUGUCGUCUAAGUAUGACCAAGGCGCAGCGUGUCCAAGAAACAUGACUUUAAUAAUUAAACGUCAUAGAACUACAAAACAAAAGACGACUCAAUGAAGUCCACGGUACACAGACCGAAACGGAACAAAAACCCACAAUUCCCACAGGAAAACAUUCAGAUUAAAUAUGGCUCCCAAUCAGAGAUAACGAGCCGACAGCUGACACUCGUUACCUCCGAUUGGGAGUCAUAGACCAAACCUAGAAAUGAAGCCAACAGAAAGGCAAACCUAGAAAUACACCCAAACCCAACAUAACAAAAUACACCCUGGCUCAAAUACAAAAGUCCCGGAGCCAGAGUGUCACAUAACUAAUGUGUUGUGUACAUAAACACAUGCCUCACAUCCAUGUACUUUAAGUAGGCUACAGUAUUCUUUUGUUAAUAGUGAGUUUAUGUUUUAUUCUUAGGAUCUGAGCAGUAAAGACCUGAAGAGAGACCUGUACAUCGUAGCACAUGUCAUACGAACUGGUAAGCCUAUGUGAGAUGGAGUAACAGAAAUAUCACAAUGUUCAUUCCAGGAAACCUUGGAAAGUAGCAUUCCUCACAUGGAGCUAAUGCAUUGUUGUUGAUGUUGUUGUUGAUGUUGUUGUCCCCAGGUCGUAUGUUGCUGAAUGACUCAAAGAAGGGUCCGCCCCACGUGCAGUACAGGAGACCGUACGGCUGUGCUGUUCUGGCCAUGAGUGACGUGUUCCACACCAUCACUGACCUCAAAGAGGAGAAGGACUUUGUGCUCAAAGUUUACACGUGAGUCACAGUCUGAUCCUGACUUGCAUUCUACAUUUUAGUCAUUUAGCAGAUUAUCUUGUUCAGAGCGACUUACAAUGUAUUUAUUUAUUUAUUCGACAGGGACAAUACACAUGAAUUAACAUUAAUGAAUGAAAUAACAUUUCUGAAAUGUGCCAGAUUUAAACCAACGUUUUUCAAAAUACUAAACCGCUCUUUUGCUGAUGCCACAUUCUGUAUGUAGCUGGAGUCUUUGUAAAUAGGGACAUACCAUCUAAAUGGGAUAAGUAUGAGGUGAUAGCCAGAAUAACUGAACACUGUAGUGUGUCAUCAGCCUUUCACAAAGAUAUCUCCAUUAAAAUUCUGCUGUUUUUACCGAGGCAUGAAUGUUCUACCAAUGUUGUGUGAAUGUUCCCUACCAAGCGCUUGACUGUGUUGAUGUGUUGUGCACUUGAACCAGAAUGAUAAUGAAGUGUCCUCUGGAAAAUCAAUAUCUGCUCAACCAGGGCCUAAGAUUGUGCUCCUGGUGUGAUGUGAAUCUGGCUCCCUCUGUUAGGCACCACUCAAGGGACACUCCUGUACCCCCGCCAAGCAAUGAAGAGAUUAGAGAGGCAGAGAGAGAGGAAGACUGAGAGGCACAGAGAGCGAGAGAGGCACAGAGAGAGAGAAUGUGUGUGUGUAUGAGAGAGUGACGGAGAUGACACUUAGACAAAUGAACAAAGUUAGAGGACAAAGUUUGAGGAGGAGUAGAAGGGGAAAAUAACACAGAGCUAAGCGUUCUGACUCGGUGACUCAACAGAUGGCUAUAGCACAUCUCUUACUGUACGUCCUCCUAUCCUCCUCCUUUCUUCCUCCUCUCCUCUUCCUCCUCCUCUGCCCUCCUCGGGGGUCUGUAUCAUGGGUUUUGGAUGUGGUCUAGCCCGACGCUACUGAUUUCUACUGUGGCACUGAUGCUGUUUUAAAUGCCCUUUUCCCAACAUACACUACAUGACCAAAAGUAUGUGGACACCUGCUCAUCGAACAUCUCAUUCCAAAAUCAUGGGCAUUAAUAUGGAGUUGGUCCCCCCUUUGCUGCUAUAACAGCCGGCUUUCCACUAGAUGUUGGAUCAUUGCUGCCGGGGACUUGCUUCCAUUCAGUCACAAGAGCAUUAGUGAGGUCAGGCACUGAUGUUGGGCGAUUAGGCCUGGCUCGCAGUCGGUGUUCCAAUUCAUCCCAAAGGUGUUCAAUGGGGUUGAGGUCAGGGCUUGGUGCAAGCUAGUCAAGUUCUUCCACACCAAUCUUGACAAACCAUUUCUGUAUGGUUCUCGCUCUGUGCACGGGGGCAUUGUCAUGCUGAAACAGGAAAGGGCCUUCCCCAAACUGUUGCCACAAAGUUGGAAGCACAGAAUCAUCUAGAAUGUCAUUGUAUGCUGUAGCGUUAAGAUUUCCCUUCACUGGAUCCAAGGGGCCUAGCCCGAACCAUGAAAAACAGCCCCACACCAUUAUUCCUCCUCCACCAAACUUUACAGUUGGCACUAUGCAUUGGGGCAGAUAGUGUUCUCCUGGCAUCCGCCAAACCCAGAUUCGUCCGUCGGACUGCCAGAUGGUGAAGCGUGAUUCAUCACUCCAGAGAACGCGUUUCCACUGCUUCAGAGUCCAAUGGCAGCGAGCUUUACACCACUCCAGCCAACGCUUGGCAUUGUGCAUGGUGAUCUUAGGCUUGUGUGCGGCUGCUCGGUCAUGGAAACCCAUUUCAUGAAGUUCCUGACGAACAGUUCUUGUUCUGACGUUGCUUCCAGAGGCAGUUUGGAACUCGGUAGUGAGUGUUGCAACUGAGGAUAAUUUUUAUGCGCUACAUGUUUCAGCACUCGGCGGUGCCGUUCUGUGAGCUUGUGUGGCCUACCACUUCGCGGCUGAGCCGUUGUUGCUCCUAGACGUUUCCUAGACGCACUUACAGUUGACAGGGGCAGCUCUAGCAGGGCAGAAAUUUGACAAACUGACUUGUUUAAAAGUCACUGAGCUCUUCAGUAUGGCCAUUCUACUGCCAAUGUUUGUCUAUGGAGAUUGCAUGGCAAUGUGCUCGAUUUUAUACACCUGUCAGCAACGGGUGUGGCUGAAAUAGCCGAAUCCACAAAUUUGAAGGGGUCUCCACAUAUCUUUGUAUAUAUAGUGUAUCUUGCCUUGAAAAAGCUUGAUACAUUACACUAAAGAAAUUGUGCAGUAUAAAAUAAAAAACUAUUUUUAUGAUGAUGAUUAUAAUUAGCCCUUUGCACGUCUCCUCAGAAAAAGCAAGCAGCGUUGUGAGUGUAGAGCAGAGCUGCCUCUAAACUGUCCGCUCCUAUAAUGCUCCAGCCUGUGCAUUUCCCCCAUGCCUCUCCCAGGGGCCUUUGGGCCUCCUCUACUGGUGGAGAGUAGAGGAAAGAACUUGCUGUCAGCUCAGCUUAGUGGCCUGUGAGUUUGGGGUAAUAUGUUGCUUGAUAGCAUGUCCCCCAGCUGGUACCUUUUGUCCAGGAGGAAAUCGCUUCUGGGACAUGCUGUUCAGUUAGUCCCUCGCCAACCGUCCCCAUCUCUCCAUCUGUCCCCCUCUAAUGUGUGUGUCGUUAACGCUUCUCUCUAUCGUUUUCUCCAGAUGUAAUAAUGAGAACGAGUGGUUUCAGAUCCAUGAGAACAUCAUCCGCAAGUCCAGCACCAAGUACUCAGCUCCUAGCACCAACUACGGUACAUAUGAUGACAUCAUUCAGGACUGUACAUCUGUGGGGUCAGUUCCAUUUCAAUUCAGUCAAUUCAGGAAGUACAUUGGAAAUGAGACAUCCUCAUGGAAGAUAAAUGGGAGUUUUCAAUUCUUGAAUUGAAAUGACAAUUAAUCUCCUAAAUGGACUAAAUUGAAAUGGAAUUCUAGGGCAUUGCAUGUUGUUAAAGGGUGUUAAUUACCAACUAAGAAAGAAUGGAGAUUGAAUUCUAGAACAUUCUGUGUUGAAAGGGUGUGAAUUACCAACUAAGAAAGAAGGUAAGGUGUAAAGAACGUUUCAGACAUACGUUAUGAGAUGCAUACGUUACUGGCCCUGUCUGUCCUUGAAGAUUGACUCAGAUAUGAAUUGUCAUAAUUAUGUAUUGAUCACCAUGACCGUGACAAUCAGCAUUCAUGUUAUGCUGAAGGAAAGGGCUGUUAUUAUUUAUGUUUAACUGCACAUGUACGGGAGAUAUAAACAAUGUGAUAAGAUAGAGGAUAUACUGUAUUCUCUGUGGUUCGACAUGUCAGUUCAAACAAACUUCAGUUUUAGUUUGACUGAUAGAAUGUCUGUACUACAAACAUCUUUAUGUCCUCCCUCAGUGUUAUUUUCUGCGUCUCUCACUGGUAUAUUUCUGCAGCAUAAUGUGAGUCACUGAAUUCAGUCAUCUUGUCUUGCUCCACACCCUUCUCCUCUGUUUUUCUAUUCCUAAUGCCACCCAACCAUGUUUUCUCUCUCUGACUCCCAUCUCUCCAUCAAUGCUCCUGUCUCUUCCUUCUCCUCCCUCUAACAUCCCCUUCCUCCCUUUCACUCUCUCUUCCUCUUUCACCCCUCUUGCUCCCUCCCUCCCUCCCUCCCGCCCGCCCUCCCUCUCCAUCCCUCCCGCCCGCCCGCCCGCCCGCCCUCCCUCUCCAUCCCUCCCUCCCCCUCCCCAGGCCUCAUCAUCUCUCUACAGCUGCUGCGGGGGGAGCUGGAUCAGAUCAGGAGGGAGAACCAGGCUGUGUUCAGCAGGGCCCUGGCCAUCAUGCGCAAACUCUGCUUCCCUGACGUCAUCAUGCCAGGUGAAGGGUAGGGAGCAGGGGGUAGGAUGACAGAACCAGGCUGUGUUCAGCAGGGCCCUGGCCAUCACAUACAAACUGGGUAUCCCUGACAUCAUCUAGCCACAAAGUCAAAAUGUGCUAUAUCGUAAAAAUGCAUGAAAACAAAAAUGUGCUUUUUGGUUUUCAUUUACAGUUAGGGUUAGCAGUGUGGUUAAGGUUAUGGUUAGGUUUAAAAUCAGAUUUUAAGAAGAGAAAUUGUAGUAAUAGGCGGGGUUUAUGACUUUGUGGCUGUGGCAACUAGUGACGACCGUAGUAGAGGGUAGGAAGUAGGGAGGGGGUUCCAGAAACUAUGGCUAGUGUUUCGUUCAAAGGAAGUGAUGCAUUAGGUGAGAUAACCAGAUGUUCAGAAGGACACCAGUUGGACAGACACAGUUGGACACCAGAUACAAAAUGCUCACAACCAGAUGUUUCACUUGAAAUAAACACAUUUCAAUGAGGUCUGUACCGGGGAGAAUGUAAGCAGUUGUUCUAUACUUCUGACAACAUUUUGGUCAGAGGCUAAAACCAUGACCAUUUGUAAAUAAACAAUCGAGGUCUUCAAAGAUUCUGUCAAAGGAGUAAAGGGCCAUAAAGUGUGUGCGUGUGUGUGUGUGUGUGUGUGUGUGUGUGUGUGAGAUGUGUGCAUUUGUCUCACAUGUUUAUUUCAACUUGUUUCAUCAUUCGGCAUCCCUCUUCUAGGCCUCAUUGAGAUAAAUACUACAGUGUACACACACACACACACACACACACACACACACACACACACACAGCUCCACUUCCUUUCAUUCUGAUUUAAAAUAACUCCCAACACCACUGUCAGUGACUCAUUUAUCCCCAAGGAAAUGAGUUAGAUAUAAAUAACAGUAAUCUGAUUUUAUAAAUAACUGCAAUAUCUUCUUUCACUGUAGUCAUUGAUAUAUUUUCCAUUAAGCACUGACCUCACAAGGAGUGCUGUGGCAGUUAUUACACCUCAGGAGGGCCACGUGAAUCACUGUCUGUAGGAGCAAACCAUUUUAGUGAACGGGGUGGUGUACCUAAUAAACUAGCCACUGAGUGUAUGUCAUUUUUUCGUUGACAAGAACAAUAAUGUUUGGCGUCAGCGCUGCAUCCUAAUUCAUAAUGUCCACACUCAUCUGAGCUGCCCCAGGAUCACUUGGGGCUCAGGUAAAUUAUAGAAGAAGACGAAAAACAGAGUAUAAACUAAAGGUAAACUCACAAUUCCGUGCUCAUAAAACUUCCAUUCGCAGCACAUGGGGGACAGGUUUUGUCCUAGGCUUGGAACUUCUGGAGAUGCUAUAGUCUCGUGGGCAUUCUAAGGCCUAUUCCUCUGAACUGUAGUGACACUGUAGCUGGGAAGGCCUGAGAGAAUAGUCUACAACAGAACACUGUGUUUGUGCCUAACGUCAUGGUUUGACCGUGUGUCUGUAUCCUAGGUGACACUCGUAAUGACCUGUACCUGACCCUGGAGCGAGGGGACUUUGAGAGGGGGGGCAAGAGUGUCCAGAAAAACAUUGAGGUCACCGUCUAUGUGCUUUAUGCUGAUGGGGACACACUCAAGGUAAGAGAGAACAUUUAUGUUGGUUUGUCGUAAUUGUUUUGGAUUUUUUUUAUUUCAAUCAUUUGAUAGACUAUAACACCAUUAUACAUCCAUUCAUCCAUUCAUUUAUCCAUCCAUCCAUCUACAGAUGUUGAAUGUUUAUUUGACCCUUUUCGUCGCAGGAGGAAAAUAAGGCUGCAGCAGGAGGAUUUGAUAAGCUAAAGAAAUAUGUAGAAUCGUCGCCGGUGGCAGCUGGAAGCAAUGUUUGUAUACAAUGCAGUACCGUACCAACAUUGUACCUAAGGGCUCGGACACACCAAUAGCGUUUGCUGGCCAAGAGUACUUAGCACCUCUGAAUGUAAUUUGCGAACGAUUUUACAUGUAGAAUCGCAAGAAAAAUUUUGGCAGUCAUGCAUCUACAGCCUAAAACAUAGCACGCUGAACGAUUGGCAGACGAAAGCUAGAUCCACAUUCUGUGCGAUGUGUGCGAGCCUUAACUGCAGGUCCACUGGGUGCCACUAGAGCACGUCUCAUGUGAAUUAUAAUAAAUGGACAUAAAGUGAGCUCCAAAAGUAUUGGGACAGUGACACAUAGUUUGUUGUUUUGGCUCUGUACUCCAGCACUUCGGAUUUUUAAAUGAUACAAUGACUAUUAAAGUGCAGACUGUCAGCUUUAAAUUGAGGGUAUUUUCAUCCAUAUCGGGUGAAUUGUUUUGAAAUUACAGCACUUUUUGUACAUAGUCCCCCCAUUUUACGGGACCAAAAGUAUUGGGACAAAUUCACAUAUGUGUAUUAAAGUAGUAAAAAGUUAAGUAUUUGGUCCCAUAUUCAUAGCUCGCAAUGACUACAUCAAGCUUGUGACUCUACAAAUUUGUUGGAUGCAUUUGCUGUUUGUUUUGGUUGUGUUUCAGAUUGUUUUGUGCCCAAUAGAAAUGUAUAGUAUAUAAUGUAUUGUGUCAUUCUGGAGUCACUUAUAUUAUAAAUAAGAAUAGAAUAUGUUUCUAAACACUUCUACAUUAAUGUGGAUGCUACCAUGAUUACGGAUAAUCCUGAAUGAAUCAUGAAUAAUGAUGAGUGAGAAAGUUACAGACGCACAAAUAUCAUACCCCCAAGAAAGAAAAUGUGGGGUAUGAUAUUUGUGCAUCUGUAACUUUCUCACUCAUCAUUAUAUAAGCAUUGGCGUCAACAUGGGCCAGCAUCCCUGUGGAACGCUUUCGACACAUUGUAGAGUCCAUGCCCUGACGAAUUGAGGCUGUUCUGAGUGCAAAAGAGGGUGUAACUCAAUAUUUAAAAAUCAUGGGCUGUUUGAUUUUUUACAGUGAGGGCAGAAAGUAUUUGAUCCCCUGCUGAUUUUGUACGUUUGCCCACUGACAAAGAAAUUAUCAGUCUAUAAUUUUAAUGGUAGGUUUAUUUGUACAGUGAGAGACAGAAUAACAACAAAAAAAUCCAGAAGAAUGCAUGUCAAAAAUGUUAUAAAUUGAUUUGCAUUUUAAUGAGGGAAAUAAAUAUUUCACCCCUCUCAAUCAGAAAGAUUUCUGGCUCCCAGGUGUCUUUUAUACAGGUAACAAGCUGAGAUUAGGAGCACACUCUUAAAGGGAGUGGUCCUAAUCUCAGUUUGUUACCCGUAUCAAAGAAACCUGUCCACAGAAGCAAUCAAUCAAUCAGAUUCCAAACUCUCCACCAUGGCCAAGACCAAAGAGCUCUCCAAGGAUGUCAGGGACAAGAUUGUAGACCUACACAAGGCUGGAAUGGGCUACAAGACCAUCACCAAGCAACUUGGUGAGAAGGUGACAACAGUUGGUGCGAUUAUUCGCAAAUGGAAGAAACACAAAAUAACUGUCAAUCUCCCUCGGCUUGGGCCUCCAUGCAAGAUCUCACCUCGUGGAGUUGCAAUGAUCAUGAGAACGGUGAGGAAUCAGCCCAGAACUACACGGGAGGAUCUUGUCAAUGAUCUCAAGGCAGCUGGGACCAUUGUCACCAAGAAAACAAUUGGUAACACACUACGCCGUGAAGGACUGAAAUCCUUCAGCGCCCGCAAGGUCCCCCUGCUCAAGAAAGCACAUAUACAGGCCUGUCUGAAGUUUAACAAUGAACAUCUGAAUGAUUCAGAGGAGAACUGGGUGAAAGUGUUGUGGUCAGAUGAGACCAAAAUCGAGCUCUUUGGCAUCAACUCAACUCGCUGUGUUUGGAGGAGGAGGAAUGCUGCCUAUGACCCCAAGAACACCAUCCCCACUGUCAAACAUGGAGGUGGAAACAUUAUGCUUUGGGGGUGUUUUUCUGCUAAGGGGACAGGACAACUUCACCGCAUCAAAGGGACGAUGGACGGGGCCAUGUACCGUCAAAUCUUGGGUGAGAACCUCCUUCCCUCAGCCAGGGCAUUGAAAAUGGGUCGUGGAUGGUAUUCCAGCAUGACAAUGACCCAAAACACACGGCCAAGGCAACAAAGGAGUGGCUCAAGAAGAAGCACAUUAAGGUCCUGGAGUGGCCUAGCCAGUCUCCAGACCUUAAUCCCAUAGGAAAUCUGUGGAGGGAGCUGAAGGUUUGAGUUGCCAAACGUCAGCCUCGAAACCUUAAUGACUUGGAGAAGAUCUGCAAAGAGGAGUGGGACAAAAUCCCUCCUGAGAUAUGUGCAAACCUGGUGGCCAACUGCAAGAAACGUCUGACCUCUGUGAUUGCCAACAAGGGUUUUGCCACCAAGUACUAAGUCAUGUUUUGCAGAGGGGUCAAAUACUUAUUUCCCUCAUUAAAAUGCAAAUCAAUUUAUAACAUUUUUGACAUGCGUUUUUCUGGAUUUUUUUGUUGUUAUUCUGUCUCUCACUGUUCAAAUAAACCUACCAUUAAAAUUAUAGACUGAUCAUUUCUUUGUCAGUGGGCAAACGUACAAAAUCAGCAGGGGAUCAAAUACUUUUAUCCCUCACUGUAUUUAAUUUUUUUAUUGUUAGAGUCACACUCCAUUCCCUAGGCUACCUCACUAUUCUCAAUUUCAUCUUGUCUUUACAUCUGAUAUUAUAGGCCUGUGUGUGAUAAUAUUUUAUAGGCUAUAUAUUUUAGGUGUAGCCUACCGUAUGGCUGUAUUUUGGAUACCUUUUGACACUUUUAUGUCGUAGUGGAGACCAAUAUCUAUCUUGUGUUAUUAUGCUAUAUAAAAUGACCGAUUUUUAAUGUGUAUGGAUGCAUUUCAGAUAAAGAAAAUUACAUUUGAAUGUUGCAGUAAUAUGACCUAUAGGCCAAUAGUAGCAGUAGGACAUUUAGUCAUAUUCUGUCUGGUGCUUGUGGCGUUUGAGCGAGCGAGAGAGGGAGGAUAAUUUUGAUAGCUAGCACUGGUCCGAAUUACUCGACUGCCCCCGCAUGGAGAGAAAGAGACCGUAUCUAAAUCACAGGUCUCAUUUAAAUUUCCUGAUACGCAGGAAAACUUGCCGCCACAAAAGAGUGAUCAAAUUAAGAUACAUACAUGGAUGGAUGCAUACAUCUGCAUCCAUUCAUCCAUCCAUCCAUCCAUCCAUUCUAAAGAGUGCCUGUCCUCUCUCUGUUCCCGCCAUCAGGACUGUAUCAGUCUAGGUAGUGGGGAGCCCAACACAAGUGAGCACCGCUCCUUUGUCCUCUACCACAACAACAGCCCUCGCUGGAGUGAGAUGAUCAAACUUCCCAUCCCCAUAGACCGCUUCAGAGGAUCACACCUGCGCUUUGAGUUUAGACACUGCUCCAGUAGGUCAACAACUCUAGACAUGACUUAGAAAUAUUAUUGUUAUACUAUUUAUGAACUGAAUUGUGUAUGGUAUUGUCUGUGCUGCGUAGAUGGUAUAAACUAUACAGUAAUGCCUUUGUGUCUCUCCUCAGCUAAAGACAAAGGGGAGAAGAAGCUGUUUGGUUUUUCCUUCACUCCUCUGAUGAGGGAGGAUGGGACCACGCUAUCAGGCGAGAGCCAUGAGCUCUAUGUCUAUAAGGUGGGGUCACACAGACAUGCACAUACACUUGCAUAUUGCAGCUAUUCUACACUCUUCUCUGUCAUUUCUAUCUAACACAUUUCUCUGUUGUGCCUCUGUCCUCCAGUGUGAUGAGAAUGCAACGUUCAGUAACCAGGGCCUGUACCUGAGCAUGCCCUGCUGUAAGGAGGACUUCAACAGCUGCCCCAACCUGCCCUCCACCCUGCCCUUCCAGAGGAACCCCAAGGAGACCUUCUGGGUCUCCACACAGCUCUGCUCCACCAAGCUCACCCAGAACGGUACGGCCAACUCACUACACUGUGCAUCUCACCACAUUCACACAGCGCUAUAACAGAGCUUUGACUAGCCUCUUCAUCCAGAGCUUUACAUCUGUAUUUGGAGGAGCGGUGCUCACUUGUGUGGUCCUCUGUAGCUCAGCUGGUAGAGCACGGCGCUUGUAACGCCAAGGUAGUGGGUUCGAUCCCCGGGACCACCCAUACACAAAAAUGUAUGCACGCAUGACUGUAAGUCGCUUUGGAUAAAAGUGUCUGCUAAAUGUCAUAUUAUUUAUUAUUUGUGUUUAUUUUAUUAUAUUAUAUUAUUCUCUGUUUCCAGUGGACCUCCUGGCCCUACUGAACUGGAAAGCCCACACUGACAGGGUGUUGGACAUCCUGGGCAGACUACGCCAUAUCAAUGGAGAGGAGAUUGUCAAGGUAACACUCUUUUAGUCAAUCAAUACAUACAUCUAGGGAAACGCCCUCUUGACUGUUUGGCCAAACACUAACAGAUCUGUGACUAGCCAUAGUUUUGGGGAACUAGGAUGGUGAAAUGAUUGAGCUGGCUCCUCUCUCCUGCAGUUCCUACGAGAUGUCCUGGAUACACUCUUUUGUCUCCUGGAUGACAACACAGAUAAAUACGGACCACUGGUUUUCCAGUCAUUGGUAGGUCAAGAUGGAGAGAUCAACCUCAUUCAAUUUAAUGGAAUAUAGUGCACGUGUGUGUGUGUGUGUUUAUGUACAGUGGGGAGAACAAGUAUUUGAUACACUGCCGACUUUGCAGGUUUUCCUACUUACAAAGCAUGUAGAGGUCUGUAAUUUUUAUCAUAGGUACACUUCAACUGUGAGAGACGGAAUCUAAAACAAAAAUCCAGAAAAUCACAUUAUAUGAUUUAAAGUAAUUAAUUUGCAUUUUAUUGCAUGACAUAAGUAUUUGAUCACCUACCAACCAGUAAGAAUUCCGGCUCUCACAGACCUGUUAGUUUUUCUUUAAGAAGCCCUCCUGUUCUCCACUCAUUACCUGUAUUAACUGCACCUGUUUGAACUCGUUACCUGUAUAAAAGACACCUGUCCACACACUCAAUCAAACAGACUCCAACCUCUCCACAAUGGCCAAGACCAGAGAGCUGUGUAAGGACAUCAGGGAUAAAAUUGUAGACCUGCACAAGGCUGGGAUGGGUUACAGGACAAUAGGCAAGCAGCUUGGUGAGAAGGCAACAACUGUUGGCGCAAUUAUUAGAAAAUGGAAGAAGUUCAAGAUGACGGUCAAUCACCCUCGGUCUGGGGCUCCAUGCAAGAUCUCACCUCGUGGGGCAUCAAUGAUCAUGAGGAAGGUGAGGGAUCAGCCCAGAACUACACGUCAGGACCUGGUCAAUGACCUGAAGAGAGCUGGGACCACAGUCUCAAAGAAAACCAUUAGUAACACACUAUGCCGUCAUGGAUUAAAAUCCUGCAGCCCACGCAAGGUCCCCCUGCUCAAGCCAGCGCAUGUCCCGUCUUAAGUUUGCCAAUGACCAUCUGGAUGAUCCAGAAGAGGAAUGGGAGAAGGUCAUGUGGUCUGAUGAGACAAAAAUAGAGCUUUUUGGUCUAAACUCCACUUGCCGUGUUUGGAGGAAGAAGAAGGAUGAGUACAACCCCAAGAACACCAUCACAACCGUGAAGCAUGGAGGUGGAAACAUCAUUCUUUGGGGAUGCUUUUCUGCAAAGGGGACAGGACGACUGCACCGUAUUGAGGGGAGGAUGGAUGGGGCCAUGUAUCGCGAAAUCUUGGAGGGAGCUGAAAGUCCAUAUUGCCCAGCGACAGCCCCGAAACCUGAAGGAUCUGGAGAAGGUCUGUAUGGAGGAGUGGGCCAAAAUCCCUGCUGCAGUGUGUGCAAACCUGGUCAAGACCUACAGGAAACUUAUGAUCUCUGUAAUAGCAAACAAAGGUUUCUGUACCAAAUAUUAAGUUCUGCUUUUCUGAUGUAUCAAAUACUUAUGUCAUGCAAUAAAAUGCAAAUUAAUUACUUAAAAAUCAUACAAUGUGAUUUUCUGGAUUUUUGUUUUAGAUUCCGUCUCUCACAGUUGAAGUGUACCUAUGAUAAAAAUUACAGACCUCUACAUGCUUUGUAAGUAGGAAAACCUGCAAAAUCGGCAGUGUAUCAAAUACUUGUUCUCCCCACUGUUUAUGUGUGACUACAUGUGUGAGAGUGUGCACACAUGCGCGAAUGCAUGCAUGACCGCAUGUGUGUGUGACUACAGCAUAAUCCAAUUUUCUCCAUUAUGGCUAAAACCUAUCUUUUUUUGUUUUCCUCUCUGUCUGUCUUUUUGCCCUCAGGUGUUUAUCAUCAACCUUCUCAGGGACAGUCGUUUCUACCACUUCCGGCCUGUUAUGGAGGCCUACAUACAGAACCACUUUGCAGGAGCUCUAGCCUACAAGUAAUAUGCCACGUCUACCAUUUCAACUGCUUCUAUGGUGUUUGAGAGGUCUUGAUGUCGGUAUCAUGUUGCUGAGUGGAAGCCAUAUACCUUUUUGUUUUGCUCAUAAUGUAUUAUAUGAGAUUUGUCUUGCUCUCUGCAGAAAUAUACAGAAAUAUAUGACACUAAUGUACAUUUUCUUUGUCUUACAUGGCCAUGGGAUACCCCAUGUUUUACACCCUUUACUCUGUGUUCUUGUAGAGAGCUAAUCCGCUGUCUGAAAUGGUACAUGGACCGCUCUGCUGAGGUUGUCAGACAGGACCACAUCCAGGAGGCCAUGAAGGUAAGGCUCACAUCAGGACAUGAGAGGAGGUGUGGACAAACAAAGUGAACCCAUACACUGUUAGACACUCCCAACAUGCUUUUCUUUACCAAACCUCACGUCUAUAGAUGAAAGGAAAUAUGACGUGACACAACACAAGACAAUAGAACACAUAAUAUAAAAAUAAUGGUAUUUUACAGGUAAUUGUGUCUUGUUCCGUCCUCUGUCCACCCUGCAGGCUCUGGAGUACCUAUUUAAGUUCAUUGUCCAGUCUCGGAUCCUGUACUCGCGGGCGACCUGUGGUAUGGAGGAGGACCAGUUCAGGGCCAGCAUCCAGGAGCUCUUCCAGUCCAUCCGCUUUGUGUUGAGUCUGGACAGCCGCAGCUCUGAGACCCUCGUCUUCACACAGGUCAGAACAUCAAAACUUCCUGUCUGUUUGUCUGUAGCUUGUCUUUAUGCCAGAAGGCUGAAAUGUUAUAGUUCUUGACCUUGGGUAUUGUCCUCCUUUUCUACAUAGACAAAUCAGUUUGACUGGACUUCUAUCUGUUGCUUGCCUGUAAUGCACUUCAGGGAUUUAUCAUUUGUAUCAUUUUAUUUUUGCUCUGAUCCCUCCCUUUACUGUUGCCCCGUCCUUGGCUUGCUCUUGGACAGUUUAGGGGUGUGAUCAACUGCAUGCCUUUCUAUGGUAGUCAUGCUCCAGGGCUCUCUCCUGUCUCAGUAAGUCACAGCGCCACCUUGUGUUGGUGACCCAGUGCAGCAGUUGCUCUCUGUCCUCAAUCAGAUAUGUGUCACACUGCCGGGUCCAUACUCGCAAACUCUUGCUUAAACCGGAGGUUUAGACCUUUUUUUUUAAAUAGCUACCUCCGGCUUAAGCAAGCGUUUGCGAGUAUAGACCCGCCUUGUUUUUGUUUAUCUUCUUCUUAUAGCACAUUUUAAGACUUACGUCUCUUUACUCUCCCUGUAUGGAUGUUACUAUAACUACUAGUGUCAUUUAUAGAAUGGAGGAAUACGAAUGAUCUAAAGACCUGCUCCUCUCUGUCUGUCUGUCUGUCUGUCUGUCUGUCUGUCUGUCUGUCUGUCUGUCUGUCUGUCUGUCUGUCUGUCUGUCUGUCUGUCUGUCUGUCUGUCUGCCCUUCUCUGUCUAUCUGUCUUUCUCUGUCUGUCUGUCUGCCCUUCUCUGUCUAUCUGUCUGUCUGUCUCUCUCUCUGCCCUUCUCUGUCUGUCUGUCUGUCUGUCUGUCUGUCUGUCUGUCUGUCUGUCUCUCUCUCUGCCCUUCUCUCUUUGUCUGUCUGUCUGUCUGUCUGUCUGUCUGUCUGUUCCUCUAUUUCCCUGUCACUCCCUUCUUCUCUCUUCUCCUUGACCCUGUCAGGCGGCGUUGUUGAACAGUUUCCCAGACAUUUUUGAUGAGCUGCUGCAGAUGUUCACGGUGCAGGAGGUGGCUGAGUACGUCCGGGGCACCCUGGGGAGCAUGCCCAGUACGGUGGACAUCGGCCAGUCUAUGGACGUGGUCAAACUGCAGUCCAUUGCCCGCACCGUCGAGAGCAGGCUCUUCUUCUUCCCUGGUAAGAUUAAAGACUACAGGACAACUAAACUAACACAAAAUGAAUCUGUGAACACUGUUUGAUGCUCCCAAAAUGGCAAUUUAAUAGAUGGUGGAACUGGGUCUUUGUCAGAAUCUAAAAGGCAAGGGUUAAAGCUGGUUAAAUAUCUUUCUACAUUUGAUCCUUCACUUUCUCCCCAUCUCCCUCGCUCUCCAUACUCCUCCCACUCUCUCCCCCUCUCCUUUCCUCUCUCUCCCCCUGUCAGAGUCUCGUAGUAUCUUGCUGCCGGUGGUCCUGCAUCACAUCCACCUGCACCUGCGCCAGCAGAGGGAGCUGCUGAUCUGCUCAGGAAUCCUCACCAGCAUCUUCUCCAUCAUCAAGACCAGCUCUAUGGUACAUCACAUCAAUACUAAAUCUACUGUAAUAGUAGAGGUUGGAGGAAGAAGGUGCCCUUAACCACAGUAUCAGAUUACACUACCCCCAGGCCUAAUCAUAAUCAUUAGGGGGAUGAAAUUAUAUCUGACCCUGUAUCAGUGGUUAGGGGCUACUUUUCUGUAACAAAGCUGGUACCAUAACUGGUUACUAGUACAUCUCCUGUACACAGUGUACCUAGUAAUCCCAGUUAAACAUCCUUUUCACAUUUCCUGUUUCAAAUGGAAUUAAAGAUGAGACGACUGAGUAGUUGGUAAAAUGUUAUACUCUGCCAAGGCUUGUUAAGGCAAGCAUAACACAUGUCAUUGUUUAGACAUUAUUGUCAAGACAUUAUUAUGUAGGCCACUUCACGUUGAGUGCUGAAUUUAUCUUUUAAAUGGUCUGUCGAGCAGCUUAUGCAAAUGCUUUAAUUAUUCCCUGUCGCUCAGUCUCUCUCUUCUUCCCCUUCUUCUCUCCCUCUCUCCCGCUAUUUCGUCUCCCCUUCUAUCUCUCUCUCGCCUGUCUCCUCAAUCACUUCUCUCCUUCUCGCUGUUUCUCUCUCCCUCUCUUCCUAGGAGUCUUCUGUGCAGGAGGAGGUAGAGAUGAUGGUGGAGAGCCUGUUGGAUGUUCUGCUCCAGACUCUGUUGUCCAUCAUGUCCAAGUCUCAGUCUCUGGAGACAGCUAGAGGGCAGCGCUGUCCCCAGUGCACCGCUGAGAUCACGGUCAGUGACUCUCCUCUCCUACACUGUCUGGCUGGAUCUUUAUUCACUGCAUGAAACAGAUACUGUAUAUCUUUUGUAAUGCAUGUAACCUCUCUAAUAUGGGUGUGUUUCUGCCUGUCCAGGGGGAGUAUGUGUCCACUCUGCUGUCUCUACUCAGGCAGAUGACAGAGAUCCACUUCCACCACCUGCUCAACAACUUCCACAGCAAAGAGGAACUCAAGGUGAGAGCUGCUGUGUCAGUCUCAGUCUCACAGAGGAACCUGGGGUUGAGCUAUAAUGUACACAAUACCAACUAAAUCCAUUGUCUUCCAGGAGUUCCUGUUGAAGAUCUUCUGCGUGUUCCGGAACCUGAUGAAGCUCACCAUCUUCCCCCGAGACUGGAGUGUCAUGAGGCUACUGACCAGUCAGUAAGUCUGACUCAGAUGACCUAUAACACUGCCUUCAUAUUGCCUCCUAUAUGAGAUAAGGGAUCAUAUCCAACCAUGAGAUGACACUCUCCUGACUCUGAUCGCAUGUGACAUUAGUGUAGCCAUUGCAUCAUCUAUUUUUAUCAUAACGUUUUGCUGUCUCCUUCUGCAGUGUCAUUGUGGCGACAACACAGUACCUGUCUCCAGCGUUACACAAGAACUUCUCAGAGGCGGAUUUUGACUUCAAGGUGCGUGCUUCUGUAGAGAAACGAGAAGUGUCAUGUUGUACAAGAGCAGUAAGUAAACAAUAGAGCCUUCAAUAUCCCGGAGAAGUCAACCCCAAACCUGCUGUUCUGUCCAUGUCUUUCUCUGUUUACAAAGGACUUUCUGUUUUGCUCUACGUGGUUUCCUAACAACAGUAUGCUGUCAUUAUCUGAGCUGUAUCUGGCUCCAGUCCAAUGUGGCGGAUUUGUCCAACCUGGAUUUAUGCCUGGAGGGAAAAUAUGGAAAUGCAAAACCUGAUGGUGAAAUAUGGGGCCAUUAAAAAGGUGUAUACAGUAUAUAGAUAUAACUUUAUUGGAAUCAAAAUAUGAGUUGAUGUUUGUAUAUGUGUGUUCUCUGUACCAGGUGUGGAAUUCCUUCUUCAGCCUGACGGUCCUGUACAUCAACCAGCCCAGUCUGCAGCUGGAGCCCCUGACCCAGGCCAAGAGGAAGAAAGUUCUGGACAAGUAAGGACCUCUGUUCAAUGUCCAUCAAUUAUAUCCUGAAAUACAUAUUUCCUACAUCUAUCUACGUGUGGUCACUCAGUAGCUAGUAUUCUCUACAUUCUCCCCAUGUACCUUCUCUGCAGGUAUGGAGAUAUGAGGGUGAUGAUGGCUUAUGAGCUCUUCAGCAUGUGGCAGAAGCUUGGUAAGAUAACAUUACAUUCAGAUACAACUGUCUUGUCAUUCUAGCCUUCAAGGAUAAUGUCAUGUGUGAUUAUAACAUCGGUAUUGUGCCCUCUCUGUGUGCUCCAGGUGAGAAUAAGCCCCACUUUAUCCCUGGAAUGAUGGGUCCGUUCCUGGGAGUGACGCUGGUGCCUCAGAGCGAAGUCCGGAAUAUCAUGAUCCCCAUCUUCCAUGACAUGAUGGACUGGGAGCAGAGGAAGAACGGCAACUUUAAACUGGUCAGUGCUGUCCCCUUCUGCGUGACACCGCUCAUCCUCUGCAGGCCUUGUGGUACUACAGGUUAUCACGCAAUAUCAUGUCUAUGUUACGGAUCACGGAUUUUACUGCUAUAAGUGUCUAGGGAAAUGGUGUGGUCGUUGAUUCCUUAUGCACUAACCUCUGUGUUGUGUGUGUUGUGUAGGUGGAAGCAGAGUUGAUGGACAAGCUGGAGAGUAUGGUGGCUGACGGGAAAGGGGACGGCAAUCACAGAGAGCUCUUUGGCCUGCUGUAAGCACCAACAACCUCAGUCUUCUAUUCACGCACAAUGCUAAAGUGUUACUUGACUGCGUUGUACUACUGUUGUUUUGUAUGCUUCUGACUUCUCUUGGGUCUUCUUCUGCUACGUCAUUCAGGACCCAGUUGUUUGGGCCUUACCCCAGGUAAGUUAUCAGUUUCUCCACAGCCCAAGCUUUAACUCUACCACUAUCAUGGUCCUUUCAAACACAUCAGUCCUUAUAGUCCCCUGUCCACUGUUACUGUGCACCAGCAACAUAGCCUGUCUCUGUCUGUAGCCUGCUGGAGAAAAUUGAGCAGGAAACAUGGAGAGAGACAGGCAUUUCGUUUGUCACCUCCGUCACGAGACUGAUGGAGCGCCUACUAGACUACAGGUAUUGUUACUACUGAUCGAUUGGAUUACAGAUUCGAAACAACGUGUUAACAUCAUAACAUUGACUAUUGAUAAAGGGAUGCACUGUAGAGCUAUAGGGCAUUACAAACCUGCUCUGCUUUUAGGGACUGUAUGAAAGGAGAUGAGAUGGAGAAGAAGAAAAUAGGUGGCUCUUCCAACCUCAUGGUGAGGCAUUUUAUAUGUUAACCCUUUACGAUACCUCAGUUAGGCCAGUGUGCUACAGUAUAUCCAUGUAGUGGUGUGUUGCUUCCAUUUGUCUGUCCUCCCCAGAACUUCUACAAGUCUGAGAUCAACAAGGAGGACAUGUACAUCCGCUAUGUCCACAAGCUGUGUGACCUGCACCUGCACGCAGAGGACUACACAGGUAACUGGUUGGGAUAUAUAGAACACUUUUCAACGUGCUCACACUGUAUAGUAUUAGAACCCUGGGACGGUCAGGAUUACCAUGUAAGGUCAAUGAUGGUUAAUCAUGCUGACCUUUGACCUCUGUGUGCUCCCCACCAUCAGAGGCAGCGUUCACCCUGCUGCUGUACUGGGAGCUGCUGCACUGGGAGGACCGGCCCCUAAGGGAGUUCCUCCACUAUCCCACACAGAGCGAGUGGCAACGCAAAGAGGGCCUCAGCCGCAAAGUGCUCCACUACUUUAACAAGGGAAAGGCAAGCCAAGCUAAAUCAAGUCAAGCUAAGUUAAACAACAAGGGGAAUGCAAGUCAGGCUAUGUCCAGUCACUUUGGGUAGUAUUUAAAUGUGAGAUACUCAAACUUUAUUUUACAUAUGUCCCACAUGGGUUUACUUAAGAACAUCUCAAGUCAAAAUCUCAAGUCUAAAUAUUUCUCCAUGUCCAUGAUGUCUUUGAUGGCUGUUUUAUUCUGGAAACCCAACAUUUCCCCCUUCAAAUCCUCCUGAGAAUGAUGUUCCAUAGACAGGAUAUUGUAAAAAUGUAUUGAGAGAUUCCAUAUGUGUGAGAUCUCGGUCUCUUUAUCUCUUUCCAGUGUUGGGAAUAUGGAAUAUCACUCUGCCGGGAACUGGCUUUCCAGUAUGAAACCUUAUAUGACUACCAGAGCCUGAGCUGGAUACGGGUGAGUCUGUCUGACAACCCAGCACUGGCUGCCUUCUCUCUCUCUCUCUCUCUCUCUCUCUCUCUCUCUCUCUCUCUCUCUCUCUCUCUCUCUCUCUCUCUCUCUCUCUCUCUCUCACUCUCACUCUCACUCUCACUCUCACUCUCACUCUCACUCUCUCACUCUCUCACAUAAGUCAGGGUGGUGCCCAUGUAGCCCCAUUGUCAGGCCAAGAUGGAAAGUAAAUAGAAAUGAAUGGAAAUGAAAUGAAUAUAAAUACUUUAUUGUCCUCACAAUGUGGACAUUUAUUCACAUUGCAAUACACUGAUGAAAUAUCAAAAACAUUAUGACCCAUAUGAUAAAAAGAACCUCAUUAAUGUGUGUCGCUGAUAAAAGUUCAAGAUGCUCUCAGAGUUGAAUCAAGUAUUUUUGUCUUUUAUAGAAAAUGGAGGCUGCAUACUAUGACAACAUCAUAGAACAGCAGAGGAUUGAACCAGAGUUCUUUAGGAUGGGGUUCUAUGGCAGGAAGUUUCCUUUUUUCCUCAGGGUGAGAUGAACACACACACACACACACACACACACACACACUAUAUUUUAUCUAAAUGCUAUUGAAUUGGUUUGACAAACCUUCUCUCUCCAGAAUAAGGAGUUUGUGUGCCGGGGCUAUAACUAUGAACGACUGGAGGACUUUCAGCAAAGGAUGCUGGGAGAAUUCCCACAGGCCAUUGCCAUGCAGCACCCCAACCAACCAGAUGACGCCCUCCUACAAAGUGACGCUCAGUGUAUCCUAACCAUGGUCAAUGUGUGUGUGUGUUGUCUCUGUCAACUCAACUGCCAGUAUAUUGUGUUUUCCUUAACGCCUGGCCUCAGACCUGCAGAUCUAUGCGGUGACCCCAGUGUCAGACAUCACUGAUGUACCUCAGCUGGAGCGCGUACCCGAGAGGAUCAAGAGCUUCUACCGCAUCAACAAUGUCACUCGCUUUCACUACGACAGACCCUUCCACAAGGGACCCAAAGACAGGGAGAAUGAGUUCAGGGUAUGCGUGUGUGCAAUGAAUUUGAAUCAAAUGUAACUGAAAUUGUCUGUUGAUACAAGGUGUGUAUAAUUACUAUACAGAAGGUGACUCAGUGUUUUGUGUGUGUGUUUUCAGAGCCUGUGGAUCGAGAGAACCACCCUGAUUCUGUCUCGUCCUCUCCCUGGCAUCUCCCGCUGGGCCGAGGUGGAGAGGAGAGAACUGGUGAGGAGCACUGUCAUCUCAAACUGUCAUCUCACACUGUGACAUCAGACGCCUCAGGAAGAUUAUGCAAGCUCGUGCAUCAUUUGUGUCAAAUCAAAUCAAAAAUCUUUGUUUAUUGAACGCGCACACCAGUGGAGGCUGGUGACUUAAAAAAUGGAGGAGGAUGGGAGAGCCACGUUAUAGGCGCCGGACCGCACGGAGUCGACAAAGUGGGUUUCAAAAAUCGUCAAAGACUAAUUAUUUUUACCUACAGCAUUUAAUAAAGACAUUUAUAGUACAAUAUUAUGGGGAAUGGGAAUGAGAGGGCUACUUACACAGUGUUGGGAAGGGAUCACAGCAGUGAUUGAAUGAAGGUAUCAGGCAUGAGUUGAGGUGUUCAGAGGCUUGACCAGUGCAGGACAGGAUUUGACUGGGAAGACAAAAAACAAUAACACAACACACUACACAGUUAGACAAAGGAGCUAAGAAUGAGUUAGUCCAAGCAAGGAGUAAAAUCAUUGAUGUGUAAUAAUGUGAUUGUGUUUGUGUAUUGACUCUACAUACAGUACAGUAAUGAGAGGAAAUUGACAGGGCUACUCACAAUGCUUGGCGAGGAAACAUUCAAUGCGCCAGUGGAUGAGCGGGCACAUGAGACGUGGCUUCAGUUCAUGUCAGGAGAGAGUUGACAAUGGUAGUGGAGUGGAGUGGUCAUCCCCUCUUAAUCAGGGAACAGGAGGGGACUAAGCUGGAAAUACAAAUAGCAGAUACAUUCCAUUACAGCAGCACCAUCAUAGGUUUGGGCAACACGUUUCUCCAUGAAGUUAAACUCAGUUAAUCUCAGAAUUUACAAAGUCAAACACAGACUGUGCAUCUCGCCCACUUGACACAUCAAAGUAGCCCAAGAAAUGUUUCUGAAUAAAGCCCUGAUCAUCCAUAUACCUGACGAUAACUGACAAAUGCGAGCAGACUGGUGGCACCAUAUGUCCCAGAGAGGUGGGGCAAUUUUAUUCCCCUGGAGCCCAGAGUUUUUCCUUAUCUGGUAACCUAACCAGGAAAUCUCUGGACCCUAAUUGAAUAUAAACCAAAUUAGAUCACAUUCACAUUUUCUACUGACAAACAAAUGGACUAUAAAUGCAUAAUGUUACCAAUUUGUUUACCCUGACCAGACGGACAGGGCGCAUACGCUGUAUGCAGCUGCUCUUAUUAGUAGCCUACUGUUGAUCAGACUGAAAAAUCCUCUCAUUUUCAUCCUAUACAGCAUGUCAGAUCUCUAAUGUUUAGGUGUAGACUAGGCUGCUGCAACAUUUAUGUAAUGAGUUUUUGCUUGUGUCCAGUGGCGAUUUUAGCAUGUAAAUCUUGGUGGGGCAAAAAAUAAAAUACAACAAAAUAUGCAUGCCAGCAAAGCCACUACACAACAGAACACUAAACAAUACAUUAAUUGCUCUAUAGCGGUGACAAACGGUGCCCAUAAACUGUUAGGGCCUACAUAAAGCUGUCCCAACAGCAGAGCGUUCUUUUCAGCACCAUGGAGUGAAUCCUUAAUACCGCUACACCUAGCUAUCAGCAGAGCCUUUUCUGGCAGAGUUCAUUCAGCCUCAUUUACUGCCUUUUUAGAAAACAUAUCUGAUAUGGCUGACUUGAUUAAACAAAUGUGGUUUCUAUUGACAAUUGAGAUGUACAAACUAUGGCAUAAGGGAACGAUGAGCGGAUAAGAGGCAAUCCAUAAUUUCAUUUAAGAUAUUAUUGAGCGAGCUAAGACGGACAUAGUCAAUAUAACUAUUUGUUCAGCACUUUUGAAAUGUACAGCGACAGAAUUCAGAACAUGGGCCGUUCUUACAGUAUUCUCCCUGUACACCAAGUCAGAACUGUAGGAUAAAGAAAGGGGGCAUAUAAGCAGACAAUGAAAGCUCUUACAAUAUUCAAUGAUAACAUUUCUCUAAAAAAGGCUACAUGUGCAGCAUGCACUCACUAACUGUAAGUCGCUCUGGAUAAGAGUGUCUGCUAAAUGACUAAAAUGUAAAUGAGGGGGAAGGGACUAAAUAAUUAGGCUGAAGCACAUGGGCUACUAACAGCUUACUACACAACAUAAUCUUAGUAUUACUUUCUUAGCUAAAGUAUACAUAUCUCCCUGGCAUAUUACAUCAUUUAUGCAGCAGCAUACAAUACAUUUUUGGACUCACUGUUGUGCUGUGCUCACUUGAACAGGAAGGUGGCGCGGUGGUCCUUGUGGGCAAAUUUUGUCAGGAAACGUUGUCAUCAAAGUCUGUCAUUCUCUGGAUGUAUAGUGCUUUUCAAAACGUAUUUUCCCAGUCGGAGCUUGUUUUCUUUCGAGACCCAGUUGUCUUAAACUAACUGAAGUCUGAGAUUUCCCAGUUCCGAGUUUCCAGUUGUUUUGAACGUGGCAGAAGUCAUGCUGGAUUGACAGCAUGGCCAAUAUAUUCAACCUUUUCUGGCACGUGGUGUUGCGUGUGAAUGUUUAUCCUUUUUAGCUUGGAAAAGAGACCCUUAAAGCCAGACUUGGACCACACACCCUCUCCACCAACUAGCAGGCAGGGGAAGCAAAGUAGUGAUUGCUUUGCAACGCUUGCAGUUAGCCACUGAUUCCUUCCAAACCACUCAUUGUUUAAUUUGUGAUUUCCAACUUGUUGUGUAAUGUUUAUGUCCAAUGGCCGAUGAGCACCGAUACGUUUUAUCUAUGAUUUAUCUUCAUAUGACAGUGAUUGAAAAGGAUUUGACAGUAGAUUGUCGACGUGAUUCAUGAUGAUUGCUUGUCUAGCUGCUAGCUAAGAUUUUGAAAGUAUGAUGUUUACAUGAUCUGUCCAAUCAAAGCUACAGUAGAUAUAAUGUGAUUUGGCGUAAAUUUAUCUGUGGCCAAUGACCUUGAGCCUUCUUGGAUGGGCACUUCUAAUGUAACUCUAUGGCAGCACCCAAGGGGGCUUGAACUUUCUAGCUCGCCCUGUAGAUUCUGCGGUGACAUAGUGUCCCCAUGAGUGACAGAACACUGAGCCAAUCACUGCCAACUAGGGAAGAUUACCAACCCCUACGCUCUGUAUUUUCCACUGGCUGCCCCUCCACAACAGAAGGCACUGAGCUAUGCUGAAACACCUGCAUUUUGGAGCUGCCUUACAUUUUACAUUUACAUUUUAGUCAUUUAGCAGACGCUCUUAUCCAGAGCGACUUACAGUUAGUGAGUGCAUACAUUUUCAUACUGGCCCCCCGUGGGAAGCGAACCCACAACCCUGGCAUUGCAAGCACCAUGCUCUACCAACUGUGCUACAGGGGACUAAACCUUACUCAAGAAAGCAAAAAAGAGACCAUGUUUGUAUGCAGCUUUAUGAACUCAAUACAUUUUAUUUGCAAACUGAUAUGUGACAUGUAUUAAUGUCACAUAUCAGUUUGCAAAACAGGUGGGGCUCAAAACAGGUGGGGCUCUGCCCAACCUGCCCUGAAUGACAGGUCGCCACUGCUUGUGUCUGUUCGGAGUGAUUAUGUGUUAUCACCUUUGCUAAAUAAAUACCGGAGGAAAGUGGAAAGCCAACAGUGGCUUGCAAAAGUAUUCACCCCCCUUGGCAUUUUUACAACCUAGAAUUAAAAUGGAUUUCUUGGGGGGUUGUAUCAUUUUAUUUACACGACAUGCCUACCACUUUGAAGAUGCAAAAUAUUUUUUAUUGUGAAACAAACAAGAAAUAAGACAAAAAAACAGAAAACUUGAGCGUGCAUAACUAUUCACACCCCCAAAGUCAAUACUUUGUAGAGCCAACUUUUGCAGCAAUUACAGCUGCAAGUCUCUUGGGGUAUGUGUCUAUAAGCUUGGCACAUCUAGCCACUGGGAUUUUUGCCCAUUCUUCACGGCAAAACUGCUCCAGCUCCUUCAAGUUGGAUGGGUUCCGCUGGUGUACAGCAAUCUUUAAGUCAUACCACAGAUUCUCAAUUGGAUUGGCCAUUCCAAGACAUUUAAAUGUUUCCCCUUAAACCACUUGAGUGUUGCUUUAGCAGUAUGCUUAGGGUCAUUGUCCUGCUGGAAGGUGAACCUCCGUCCCAGUCUCAAAUCUCUGGAAGACUGAAACAGGUUUCCCUCAAGAAUUUCCCUGUAUUUAGCGCCAUCCAUCAUUCCUUCAAUUCUAACCAGUUUCCCAGUCCCAGCCGAUGAAAAACAUCCCCACAGCAUGAUUCUGCCACCACCAUGCUUCAGUGUGGGGGUGGUGUUCUCGGGGUGAUGAGAGGUGUUGGGUUUGCGCCAGACAACUUUGUCCCUGACCUGUUUGGAGAGCUCCUUGGUCUUCAUGAUGCCGCUUGCUUGGUGGUGCCCCUUGCUUAGUGGUUUUGCAGAUUCUGGGGCCUUUCAGAACAGGUGUAUAUACAGUGGGUGAACUCAACACGACGAGUUGAGUUUUUACCAAAAAGUUCUAUUUUGGUUUCAUCUGACCAUAUGACAUUCUCCCAAUCCUCUUCUGGAUCAUCCAAAUGCACUCUAGCAAACUUCAGACGGGCCUGGACAUGUACUGGCUUAAGCAGGGGGACACGUCUGGCACUGCAGGAUUUGAGUCCCUGGCGGCGUAGUGUGUUACUGAUGAUAGGCUUUGUUACUUUGGUCCCAGCUCUCUGCAGGUCAUUCACUAGGUCCCCCCGUAUGGUUCUGGGAUUUUUGCUCACCGUUCUUGUGAUCAUUUUGACCCCACGGGGUGAGAUCUUGCGUGGAGCCCCAGAUCGAGGGAGAUUAUCAGUGGUCUUGUAUGUCUUCCAUUUCCUAAUAAUUGCUCCCACAGUUGAUUUCUUCAAACCAAGCUGAUUACCUAUUGCAGAUUCAGUCUUCCCAGCCUGGUGCAGGUCUACAAUUUUGUUUCUGGUGUCCUUUGACAGCUCUUUGGUCUUGGCCAUAGUGGAGUUUGGAGUGUGACUGUGUUGAGGUUGUGGACAGGUGUCUUUUAUACUGAUAACAAGUUCAAACAGGUGCCAUUAAUACAGGUAACGAUUGGAGGACAGAGGAUCCUCUUAAAGAAGAAGUUACAGGUCUGUGAGAGCCAGAAAUCUUGCUUGUUUGUAGGUGACCAAAUACUUAUUUUCCACCAUAAUUUGCAAAUAAAUUCAUUAAAAAUCCUACAAUGUGAUUUUCUGGAGAAAAAAAUUCUCAAUUUGUCUGUCAUAGUUGACGUGUACCUAUGAUGAAAAUUACAGGCCUCAUCUUUUUAAGUGGGAGAACUUGCACAAUUGGUGGCUGACUAAAUACCUUUUUCCCCCACUGUAUACUGAGAUCAUGUGACAGAUCAUGUGACACACAGGUGGACUUUAUUUAACUAAUUAUGUGACUUCUGAAGGUAAUUGGUUGCACCAGAUCUUAUUUAGGGGCUUCAUAGCAAAGGGGUGAAUACAUACAGUAUGCACGCACCACUUUUCCUUUAUUAUUUUUUUUAAAUUUCACUUCACCAAUUUGGACUAUUUUGUGUAUGUCCAUUACAUGAAAUCCAAAUAAAAAAAGUUGUAAUGCAACAACAUAGGAAAAACGCCAAGGGAGAUGAAUGCUUUUGCAAGGCAAUGUACUUGAUAAUGCGAUGGAAACAAUCAAAUCAUUCUGAAUUGAUUUCAACAUUCCAGAGAAGACAGUAGAAACUUCCAUAUGCUCAGCAAGUAAAGCAUCGUAAUGUGCAAUUACCUCUGCAAGCUCCUUAUAGUUGCCCUUGUUAGCUGAACUUUUCCUCCCAUCGUGCCUCUAAGUAAAAGCCAACUCUUGCCGAUAAGUUGCUUGUGACCCUGUUUCUUUUUACCUUCUCACUGUGUCGCGCAGUUUGAAUACGCAGAUGUUCGUCCAUUACAUGAUCGAUGCAGCUUUUUCCAUGUGGGCAAUGAAAGGGGUUCUCCAACCCAAAAUCAACUACAUUGUUGUUAGCAUUAAUUAGCCAUUUUGGCGGAGAAAACUGCACCCUGGUAGCUAGGUAAUAUUAGCACUUGCUACUAAAGUUAGCAAGACAAAUUGAAAUAAAUUGCACUAACUCCACACAAAAAUAACGUUUGAAAAUCAAGAAAACAAAAUAUAAUCUACCUUCUCUGUCUUCUGUAGUUUGAAGAAACUAAUUUGAACUUAAUAAUAUCCUAAAAAUGCUCAACUAUCACUCUUCACUCUUAAUCUCUAUCCAAUAUGUAACCAACUCACCAAGCUUCUCAACACAUAGAACCCCCAUAAUGCUCUGUGGCACAACACCAAUACACCACACUAGGAUCGUUCUCUGAUCCUAAUCCUAUGAUUGGAUGGACAAAAUCUCAGUUCAUAUUGCAAAAGCUUUGAUUGGUUGGAGGACAUCCUCCGGAAGUGGUCAUAAUUACCAUGUAGGUCUAUGGAAGGGGGUAAGGCCUACAAGCCUCCCAGGUUUUGUGAGAGAGAAUUAUUGCAUGUUUCAUAGUGGAUUCAAAUAUAUAUGUGUGUGUGCAGGUGGAGGUGAGCCCUCUGGAGAAUGCCAUCUACGUGGUGGAGAAUAAGACCCAGGAGCUGCGGACCCUGAUCAGCCAGUACCAGCACAGGCAGCACCAUGGCAACAUCAACCCCCUCAGCAUGCUGCUCAACGGGGUCAUAGACGCUGCCGUCAACGGGGGUAUUGCCAGAUACCAGGAGGUACUAAGGGAAGGAAGGGAGGGAGAUGGGGAUGGAUGCGUGGGUGGGUCGGUGGGUGGUUCGGGCAGUGGAUGGGUGGAUGGAUACUUUGGUAAUUUUCUUCCAGGACAUGUAUUGUUAUCUGCCAUGCCUUGUAACACAUUCAUAUGCCAUAUUCCUCCUCCACAGGCAUUCUUUGAUAAGGACUACAUGAACAGCCACGCAGAGGACACAGAGAAGAUCACUCAGCUCAAAGAAUUGAUGCAAGAACAGGUCAGACAAAGCUCUUAACUCGUCACUGCACACUGGCCAAUGGUCCAUACAGUGUACAUUGGUAUAGAGGACAGAAACCAUAUGUUCUCUCUUUCCGACAUGUUGUUUCAUUGUCACAGGUUCACAUCCUUGGAGUGGGGCUGGCCGUCCACGAGAAGUUGGUGCACCCAGAAAUGCGUCCCCUGCACAAAAAGCUGAUCGAUCAGUUCCACAUGAUGAGGACUGGUUUGCAUCACGUGAGUGGUUCUACAUACUCUUCUGUUUGUGUGUGUGUGUGUCCUCCUGUGUCCUAAUGUGUUGGUGUGUCGCACCCGUGUGUGUGUGUGUCUGUGUGUGUGUGUGUGUGUGCGUGUGUGUGUGUGUGUGUGUGCGCGCACAUUCAGCAUGAUUAUUCAAAGCAGUGUUUACAUGUGGCCCAGCAGGGGUUGCCAGCAGCCUGCACUGGAGUCAACAAUCCCAGAGGCAUCCUGACCACUCACAGCCACAUGAGCCCAGAAAGUGUCCGUCUGAUUCACAGACACAGGUCAGUCACAUAUUGUACAAAGAUUUCACUUGGAAAAAAGAGAUGCUACAGUAAUCUCAAUGUGAGAUUAAAAUAUGAUUCUCUCUCUGCAGCCCAAUGAACCUGCAGGGAUCUAUCCGUCAGUCCUCCUCCUCCCUCUCUUCUCACACCUCCAGCGAGGCGGGAGGAAACCUGGUCAUCCUGACAGACGGCCUGAUGGGAGAGCACCCUGAGGACACGGCUCACAUGGAGGUGGGUGGAAUGAAUACACACACACUCAGGUUUUGUAUGUUUUGAAGAUAUGUGAAUGAACAGAUGUAUUAUUUUCCAGCCAAGCCCCUCCUCCUCCAGUCUGAGCUCCAUUCGUUCCACCUCCUCCCAGGUUAUCAACUCUGCCCCAUCUAGUGCCAGAGGUGAGUGUCACCUGCACCAGGCAGUAAAUACCUCCAACUCAUCAUUAUCAUCUUCUUUGGGCAUUUGAGAAUGAAAUUUAACAUUCUCAACAACACAUAUUUUACCUGACAUGUUGUGCUGAGAAACAACAGUAUUAGCAAGCACACAGUUCCUUCGGAAAGUAUUCAGACCCCUUGAUUUUAACCACAUUUUGUUAUGUUACAGCCUUAUUCUAAAAUUGAUUAAAUAAAACAUUUUCCUCAGCAAUCUACACACAAUACUCCAUAAUAUAAUACCUUCUUUUUUUGUGCAAAUCUAUUACAAAUAAUGAACAGAAAUACCUUAUUUCCGUAAGUAUUCAGACCCUUUGCUAUGAGACUCGAAAUUGAGCUCAGGUGCAUCCUGUUUCCAUUGAUCAUCCUUGAGAUGUUUCUACAACUUGAUUGGAGUCCGCCUGUGGUAAAUUCAAUUGAUUGGACAUGAUUUGGAAAGGCACACCUGUCUAUAUAAGGUCCCACAGUUGACAGUGCAUGUCAGAGCAAAAACCAAGCCGUGAGGUUGAAGGAAUUUUCCGUAGAGCUCCGAGACAGGAUUGUGUUGAGGCACAGAUCUGGGGAAGGGUACCAAAACAUGUCUACAGCAUUGAAGAUCCCCAAGAACACAGCAGUGGCCUCCAUCAUUCUUAAAUGGAAGAAGUUUAGAACCACCAAGACUCUUCCUAGAGCUGGCCACCCGGCCAAACUGAGCAAUCGGGGGAGAAGGGCCUUGGUCAAGGAGGUGACCAAGAACCCGAUGGUCACUCUGACAGAGAACCUUCCAGAAGGACAAACAUCUCUGCAGCACUCCACCAAUCAGGCCUUUAUGGUAGAGUGGCCAGACGGAAGCCACUCCUCAGUACAAGGCACAUGACAGCCCGCUUGGAGUUUGCCAAAAGGCACCUAAAGGACUCUCAGACCAUGAGAAACAAGAUUCUCUGGUCUGAUGAAACCAAGAUUUAACUCUUUGACCUGAAUGCCAUGUGUCACAUCUGGAGGAAACCUGGCACCAACUCUACGGUAAAGCAUGAUGGUGGCAGCAUCAUGCUGUGGGGAGGUUUUUCAGCAGCAGGGACUGGGAGACUAGUCAGGAUCGAGGGAAAGAUGAACAGAGCAAAGUACAGAGAGAUCUUUGAUGAAAACCUGCUCCAGAUCGCUCAGGACCUCAGACUGGGGCGAAGGUUCACCUUCCAACAGGACAACGACCCUAAGCACACAUCCAAGAAAACACAGGAGUGGCUUCGGGACAAGUCUCUGAAUGUCAUUGAGUGGCCCAGCCAGAUCCCUGACUUGAACCCGAUCGAACAUCUCUGGAGAGACCUGAAAAUAGCUGUGCAGUGAUGCUCCCCAUCCAACCUGACAGAGCUUGAGAGGAUCUGCGGAGAUGAAUGAGAGAAACUCCCCAAAUACAGGUGUGCCAAUCUUGUAGCGUCAUACCUGUGUAGCUCAGUUGGUAGAGCAUGGCGCUUGCAACGCCAGGGUUGUGGGUUCGUUUCCAACGGGGGGCCAGUAUGAAAAAUGUAUGCACUGACUAACUGUAAGUCGCUCUGGAUAAGAGCGUCUGCUAAAUGACUAAAAUUUAAAAAUGUUAAAAGACUCAAGGCUGUAAUCGAUGCCAAAGGUGCAUCAACAAAGUACUGAGUAAAGGGUCUGAAUACUUACGUAAAUGUGAUAUUUCAGUUUUUUAUUUUUAAACCUGUUUUUGCUUUGUCAAUAUGGGGUCUUGUAUGUAGAUUGAUAAGGGAAAAAAACAAUUUAAUCAAUUUUAUAAUAAGGUUGUAACGUAACAAAAUGUGGAAAUACUGUCCGAAUGCAGUCUGAAUACUUUCCGAAUGCACUGUAGAUAGAACAUCAGAUAGAAAAUCAGAUCAAAGAUCACUGAUAAUGAUCAAAGUGUUUUCAUACUUUGCUUUAAUUAUUUUUGGCAAACAGGGAUACCUAACAGACCUGUAAGCAUCCAUUUAAAACUUAUUUUCACUGUUGUGACUUGAGUGAGUGAUAUGAGCCUAUUUUACUGUUAGUCAGUGUACCUCCAAUGUAUCAAUGGGGGAAAAGUCUGUCCUCUUCUCGACUCCUCCGUCCUCCUCUCCUCCGUGACCUGGGAACCGAUAUGUGUAAGUGGUCGCCAUAUGUAGGAGAGUGUCAAUUCGUUAAUAGGCGAACCGAGGAGUUUGCUCCUCUCCUCGAUAGCCUCCGUCUGGCACAACUAGCUACAUUUCCUUUGACCACUUUACACAUAUGUUUUGCGAUUCCUCAUCUGUAAACUUAAUUUGCCUGAUGACGGGCUAGUGGAGAAGGACAGUCUCAUUUUAUACAAGAGUAUUUGUUUCCAGGUUUCCUCUCCUUGCCUCCUCACAUCAAUUACCUUUGACCUUUUUUAAAAAGGAGGGAAGGAGAGGAUGGAGAAGAGGAUGUGAAGAAUUGAGCAAAUCCAAUUGAGAUUCUUCCAAUGGGUCUCUGGUGUCUGUCUGACCUGUCCUCUCCCCCCUUCCUCCCCCAGGCUCUCCGUCUCUGCCGGAUAAAGCCAAACACAACCGGGAGGUGAUGAUGCUCCUGCCACCUCACCAGAGAGUCAACAACACAAUGUACUACACCAUGACUGAGAACGGACAGGUGCUGACGUUACAGGCCAACACAUGUUAAAAUAGCACUGAAGUGAACUGAUGACAUUGCUGCAUUAGUUAAUUAAGGAGAAGACGACAGCUAGUUCACUGCGCGUAAGAACAAUAGGUUGGCCAAAGCAGAAAUAGACUGGUACUGAGGCUACAGAACAUACUGUUUGUUCUUGUCCUUUUCAGUUAUCUUUAGACUCUGUUGUCUCUCUGUUUGCAGAGCAAUCAUCUGCAGCGUGCCUUACUCCAGCAAGUGAACCCCUGUAAGCCGUGCGUUGACCCUCCCAUGAGCUUGCCAGAGAAAGGUGAGUAUACUGUAUGCCUGUGGUAAAAAAGGUAAAUGCUAGUGUUCUCUAGUGUUCAUGAGAAAUGAGCUAAGUAGGACCGAACUUCUAGUCCUAGCUCUGUAGUGAGCCUGUGGUUUGCUGGUGUUCCCACAGUGUUCCCCAGUGCCCCGAGCAGCUGGAGUCUAGAUGGCGAGGGCAGGGAGACGGUACCCUACAUCCAGGGACCUACAGGGGGCGUCAUCAUGCCCCCCGUCCCACCCAGGUCCUUCCCACCAGGUAACACCAAUUAUAUACACCUUAUCUAUGUGUAAGAGUCCCUCAGCUGUCAUGUACACUAGAUCGGUGGUUUUGGAAGUUUAUUCUUAUGUGAUUGUUUUUACCUCCUCUCUUUAGGUCACUUCCUGAUGCACUUUGAUGCGUUCCACCACCAGAACAAUGACCCGCCCCCGGCCCUGCCUGUUCGCUCUCUCAGAAAGGUAAAAGACAGUUUGACUGUACCGGUACAUCUUCUUUACUUGGUCAACAGAUGCCAACCCUUUUUUAAUCUUCCUCUCCCUCUUUCUCUCUCCAUCCCUCCAGUCUCCUCUUCACCCCAUACCCGGCUCCCCCACUAGUCCUCAGUCAGCCCUGGGGGGCAGUAAUUCCACCCUCUCGGGCAGCGCCAGCAGCGGGGUCUCCUCUCUGAGUGAGAGUAACUUUGGGGGCCAGUACCCCGAUGCCCAAACUGUGCGGAAUGAUGCCAUGGAGCCCUUACCCAGCCACCUGUGGACCCCUGAUGAGUACCUGGCCUCUCCCUACCUGCACAUCCACUACAGUGGUCCAGAACCAGAGUCCUUCGACCAUGUCCGACCCUUCCACUACCGUAACCCCGUCUCACACCUCCCCCACUCCCACCCUCACUCCCACCCCCACUCGCACCACCAACCGUCCGGCCUUGACGGUCAACCUCACCCCCACUCUCACGGACCCACCCACCACCAGAUACCCCUCCACGGCCCACACCACAUUCCUUACCGGCGCCCCCAGCCCCCAGCUGUGCCCCCCAAGCCCUACCUGAGGGAAGGCUGCAUCCCUGAGGAGGACCUGAGCUCCCUGGUGCCCCAGCCCAUCCCCCUUCCCCGGAGGAUCUUCCACUCCCCCCACAGCCACAGAGAAGAGUUAGCCAAGGCUGCCUGGGAGCAGUGCAUCAGCGAGGAGCACGAGGAGACACAAUGA